AUGUCGGGCAACAGCACCUGCUUCUCUAUGGGAGGGAGCCGAGUGAGGCCAGAUUGAUCGAAGUGAAUUACUCCUCUGUUUCUCUCUGGGUGUGUCCCAAAUGGCACUACUUUUGAUUAGGGAAUAGGGUGCGAUUUGGGACGCAGACACAGUGCUUCUCUGUUUUUUGAAGGCAGGCAGCAGUAGCCACUAAUCCAGUGGAGAGAGGGUACAGAGUGGCUUGUCUCACUGAGUGACUGAUAGUCUCUCAGCACUAAGUGCAUUUCCAUCCUGCUAUCCCCUUCAGCCAGCCUGCAUGUCAUCAGACCUGCUUUAUGCCUACCCUGGCCUCUUCAUAAAGACAGACUCUGGUGGAAGUAUGGGAUGUAGCUUAGGAUGUUGUCCAAAUGGCACCCUAUUCCCUAUGUAGGGCACUACUUUUGACCAGAGCCCUAUGGCCCCUGAUCAAAAGUAGUGGACUAUAAAGGGAACAAGGUGCCAUUUUUGUGCACUGUUUACCCACUGUGUGGUCUCAUACAAUAUCUGGGCCUCUAUGCCAUUUCAUUUGAAGUGAGCUCGCAUAGACGUACGUUUAUUUUGUCAAUAUGGUGUGAAAGGUGGACACUGGUGGCUUCUAUGCGUGUGGCCAGCAGGUCUCACUCCUUCAAAAUGCAGAUCCUAGCAGAUGAACCUCCGCUUCAGCAAAACUGGCUAGUUACACUCUGAUCAAUCAAACCUGUAGUUAUUCAGGUGUCCUGAAUAAGAACUGCAUAGAAUACACUUUCACCCAUGUUUGGUGCAUUGCUCACUGUGUGAGAGAAGGCUUCUGAGUUCUUCAGCUGAUCUCUCAUCACGGACCUUCAAAGGCCUCUUCCAUCCAUUUAAUCUCUUUCUCCGAAGCCAGCUUAAGAUGGGAGAUUGAUUAGUCAUCCUUAACUGUAAACCCGCCUGGAGUGAUCAUCAGAUCCAUUAGGGGAAAGAAACAUUAUUUCUCAUCUACUUUAUGAGAGGCAUUGGGAGUUCGCUGUGUACUCCGUCGUUGUUCCAAAUGGCCUCCUGUUCCCUACAUAGUCCCUAUGGGGUCCUGGUCAAAUGUAGUGCAAUAUAUAGGGAAUAGGGUGCCAUUUGGGACGUAUCUGGCCCAGGUGGAGAUGAGGGGAAACUCUACUGAUGAGUCUGAGUACAGAAGAGAACAGUGGUGGGGUGCUGGGAUGGAAAUGGUGAUUCAUUCAGCCCUCUAAUGCUGUAUCGCAUUAGUGGAUACUCAGACUGCUCUCAGGGCAGGUCUAUCGGUUUUGACUAGCAGAAGUGACUUUUCAUAGCAGGUUAGGAGAAUUUACAUGGCAGGCAAGGAGAAUUAGGUUAGAAAAAUGGUUAGGGUUAGCUAAAAUUGUCCCCAACACGACUCAAACAUAUCUAGCUACAACCAGGCCUGCCCUGAGAACAGCUUGGUUUCCACUAAUGCAAUGCUGCUCCUCUCAUCUCAUCAACCCAGCAUCAACCAUCUCUCCUCUCCUCUGUCUCUCUCGUUCACUCUUUCAUACGCACACACUUAUACAUCCAUACUAGGUGUUUCUGUUGAUGUGUUGCCCUUGUACACCCUGUAUCCUCCAGGUUUCCAUCUGUUUGUUUUUCUCCUCUCUCCCUUGUGUGUUCUGUUCUACGGCUCCUACAGUAAACACUCUUAGCCUUGCCCUUUGCGAACCCUGUACAUUUAGUAAUGCGCGGGUUGACUCAUAACCCGCAGUCCCCGCAGUUAUAUCCGCGUGGUGGGUGGGUUUAGGGUCAUGAAAUAUUCUGUGAAUGAAGGGCGGGUGGGUGGUGGCGGGUUGAAUAAAGAGAAAACAAUACCUUUAAAAAAAUCCAUAAAUGUAUCAUUCUUGUGCAAUUUAUAUCUAAAGGCUACAUUUAGCCUAAAAUGGCUUUAGUGCCUAAGCUUUAGGGCCUAACUGUACGCGCGCCAAAUAGCCUAAUGCUUUUGGGAACGGGCAGAAAAAUUUAACGGAGGUAAAAAGGACAAUGUCGGAGUUUAAUUCAAUAAGAGAAAGCUGCGAAAUGGAGAGUUGAAAAUAAAGAGAAGGGAGGGCCAGAAAAGUCAUGUUUGGAAAAUAUUUGGUGAAGUGGUAAAAGAGGAUGAUAGCAGUGCCGGCUAUGAUACUGUAUGUGUGAUUGUAAGGCACUAUACAAAUUCGACAGUCACAAGAUGGGGACUUCAAAUAGGCCUAUGGCACGUCAAGGGAACUGUAGCCUACUGUUCAGAUGGGUUAAAUGGAAACUGAAAUCUGGACACUGACUAUAGGUCUAUAACCUUUCACAUAGCCUUAAUAUUAACAGAAUGAAGCAUUUCUUGCAGUAAAGUGAUACAUCAAAUGUAGGCUAAAUUGGAGAGAAUGCGAGAGAAUGCGAAUGCGCAGUUAUAUACCGUCUGUAGCGGUGCUAUCUUUAUCAUCAUCAUAAAAGCUGAUUUAGUAUUUCAAUCACAUAACAUUUGCAUCAAAGCCAAACUUAAAUCUUAUCAGAAACAUGUUGGGUCGUUUUCACAGCUUUCUAUUUCCUUACAACCAGUCAAACUGAUGUCAUUUGGACAUUUUGCACAGAAAAUCUUUGUAGCUUUUUUUGUUAUUGCAUUUUCUCCCCGGUCCCUAAACAUCUUUGCUCCGCAAAAAGAAGAAGAGAUGACAGAUUUUCACUUUAUCACAUAGUUGGGUGGUUGCGGAUGGGUUAUUAGCAAUUGGGUGCGGGUGAACAAACAGCUGACCCGCGCACCAUGACCGUGCAGCAGGGCUUGACAUUAAAGUUUUUAGCCACUUGUCCUUUGGACAAGUAGGACUGAAUUUAAUAAAAAUACUUGUCCGAAAGCUCAAGUCACUUGUCCAAAACUAAAACAUGGUCUGUAAUACCAUGGGCUAAAAAGGUGACUGAAAAUUGUGUUGUAUGAUGCAAGGAACCACUUGACAAUGUACUAUAUCGCCUGCCGUUGUGGCCUUGAGCAAGGCACUUAACACCCCCCCCCCCCACCCCAGUGUCAAAUAGUACACCGUCAACCCUCCAUCUGGAAAGCUACUGGGUGUGCAGGCUUUUGAGCCAACCCUGCUGUAACACACGAGAGUCAGCUUAUCAAGGUCCUGUUGAGCAGCAGAUCAAAUGGGAUCAAAUAGCUAAGGUGGGUGAGGUAACUAAGAUAUGUAUCUCUUUGUAAGGUUAAAAUAUUAAGUGUUCAGGGGAGAUCUUGACAGCAUAGGAGUUACUUGUCAAUUAGGCUAUUCUAAGAAUAUUUUUUUACUUUGCCAGAGUUACAUGGCCAGUAUUGAAUAGAGGGGAAUCCUAGCCAAUUUUGAGCGCUUGAGAGACUGUUUUACAACUGCAGUAUGCAGCAUUAGUUUAAUCAACUACGCACCCGUAUCAACUGCAUGUUGGCCAUUUGCGGUUAAACACGAGUGCCGGUGGAAAGUUUAUUUUUGGACAUCGGACAUGACAGUGACAUUAAUACAUGCUAAUAGUUAACUAGCGAGAUAGCCAAUUCAAAACAGUGUAGUUUGGCUGGUUAUCUAGUUACUCUGUUGUAUAUCAUUAUUUUACCUGCUGCACAAAUGUCUCUCUCGCUCUCCUUUGGCAUCGGCCCACUGGCACACACGCAGGUGAUGCCACACACUUUUCCAGGAUUUUCAUUGCUGACCAAAAAUGAGCUAUAACCCAAUAACUGGCCAUUAAUAUCAACAAAUGUUCGCUGUAGGCUUGCUUUGAUCUCAAAAUGCAUCUCGCAACUGCAUGAUUGAAAGACCGCCCGUGCCUGUCAAUGCAGGCCUGCAAUAAUUAUACUCCGAUGCGCUCUGCAGAGAUUGGGAGGACAGUACGCAACACAUUGCAUCCGGAGGACACUUGGAUCCAAUUCUGAUCGGAGUAGCCAAGUUUGAUAAUGUGGUUUUCUUUACUUGUCCAUUCUGACAACUUAAACCUGCUUGUCCGACAUUUAUUUGUACUUGCCCCAGGCAAGCGGACAAGCCUUUAAUGUUGAGCCCUGUCCAGCUCGCGUUGGCCAUGUUGAUUUCUCCCAUACUGCUUAAUUUCUCCAGAAUCACCAAUGCCGCCCUGUAAACAAACAGCCAAUGUUUGUGUGCACUGCAGUGUUCCUGUAUCUCCUCAGUUUCCUCCAUAGACUUCUAUAGACCUGACGACCCCCCCCCAGAGCAGCGAUGGCUGUGAAUGAGCCUUUAUCACUGAUGCUGCUCACAGCCAUUCCAGUGACAUUAUAAAGCUGAUGUAUAUGAGAAGCCAUGGGAGCCUACCAUAACACUGUCCUCUAUUCUCAGUCAGCCAGGUGUUCCCUAUGGAGCCCAGACAGAAUGGGCUCUUCUCUGUCUCCGACUACGCCCCAAAUGGUACCCGAUCCCCUUUAUAGUGCACUGCUUUUGAGCAGAGACCUAUGGGCCCUGGUAAAAAGUAAUGCACUAUAAAGGGUAUUGGGAGCCAUUUGGGACACGGGCUCUGUUUGACACGUGUCUGUUCAGCGGGGGAAAUCUGCCAGUUCUGUCUGAAUACGAGGCAUGUUAACCCCCCCCUCCUCCCCGCCACUGGAGGUGAUCUCUGUCUUUUGACACACUACACCGCACACACACCUCCGUCCCACUGACAGGAUGACAAGCGCCCCACGGGACAUAGAGCCCUGCUGACGGAAGGGCAGGAGGCAGACAGUGACCGACAAGGGGGGAUUACUGUCACACACUGUGUGUGUUAGUUCUACAUGUGGGGCCCUGUUCACACUGCCCUUAUCUGUCAGAAAGCAGCAGAGGAGAGGCAGCCCACCGACAUGACAGAGCAUGCAUAGCUUUGCCCGCAUAUCACAUCCCCUACUGGCUACUGCUCUCUCACUCACACAAAAUACUGCUGCAGGAGCAGACAUUCAAACUGUGUGGUGUCUGUGUCUGUGAGAGACAAACAGAGCAAAGGCUCUCACUGUCACACCUUGAGCCAAGUGGCCCAUGUGUUAUUCACUACAUCACCCCACAUCCAACCAUGACACAUUUAAAUGGCUUAAGGAAUUAUUACUCUACAAAAAUCUAAAUGCAUUAUGCAACAAUUUCAACGAUUUUACUGAGUUACAGUUGAUAUAAGGAAAUCAGUCAACUGAAAUAAAUAAAUUAGGCCUUAAUCUAUGGAUUUCACAUGACUGGGCAGGGGUGCAGCCAUGGGUGGGCCUGGGAGAGCAUAGGCCCACUUACUUGGGAGCCAGGCCCACCUACUGGGGAGCCAGGCCCAGCCAAUCAAUUAUCUGGCAACAACUCUGGUGGACAUUCCUGCAGUCAGCAUGCCAAUUGCACGCUCCCUCAAAACUUGAGACAUCUGUGGCGUUGUGUUGUGACAACUGCACAUUUGAGAGUGGCCUUUUAUUGUCCCCAGCACAAGGCGCACCUGUGUAAUGAUCAUGCUGUUUAAUCAGCUUCUUGAUAUGCCACGCCUGUCAGGUGGAUGGAUUAUCUUGGCAGAGGAGAAAUGCUCACUAACAGCACAAUUUGAGAGAAAUAAGCUUUUUGUGCAUAUAAAACAUAUCUGGGAUCUUUUUCAGCUCAUGAAACAUGGGACAAACACUUAACAUGUUUCGUUUUAUAUUUUUGUUCAGUAUAUAAUAUUUAUUAUUAUUAUUAUAUAAGUGGGGAUGCUUUUCUUCUCCUGUCAGAGAUGCGCCACUUGUCUGGUUGAGUAGUGGAGACGUGAGGGGCUUUUGCCAGGAAAUUAGAUUAGUUUGUGCUGGAGGAGAAAGUAUGCUUGUGUAUUACAGGGGUAGCUUUGUUCUUGGAACUCUGUGUUGUCCAGUAGGCCUUUGUCCUAGCUAUUUUAAACAUAGUGGGACAAAGUCUUUACUGUCUGAGGGGAAUCCUCUGUGUGUGUGUGUGUGUGUGUGUGUGUGUGUGUGUGUGUGUGUGUGUGUGUGUGUCCUGAAAAGCGUAAGAGGGUCUAGAACGUACACCAUUAGCCGUCUUUCUCUGACACACACACACACACACACACACACAUACACACACACGUUUGUUUUACUAUCCUUCUGGGGACCAAACAAUUGAUUCCCAUUCAAAAUCCUAUGUUCCCUAACCCCUGAACCUAACCUUAACCCUAAACCUAACUCCUAAGCCUAAAAUAGCCAUUUUCCUUGUGGGGACCAGUGAAAUGUCCCCACUUGUCCGAAUUUUCCUUGUUUUACCACCCUUGUGAGGACUUCUGGUCCCCACAAGGACAGUAAAACCAAAAAAACACCCGCACACGCACCAAUCAGUGUAAAUAAUGAGUGAAACCUAUGUGGCAGCUAGUUGGGAGUCUGCAUGAGGUAUUAGUGUGUAUCUCAGCAGGAGAGAGGCUUAGUGAGCCUGGCUUUGUGGCUUCUAGCGCUAGCUCCAUUAGCAUGUGUCUGUAACCACGCAGAGCAGACAUCACAACCACACAGCAACAACAGGGUUCCUUCUGCUGCCUCCCUAUCCUUAAACCUUGUUAAGUCCUAGGGUGCGUCCCAAAUGGCACCCUAUUCCUUUUAAAGUGCACUAUAUUUUCCCUAGGCCCAUAGGGCUCUGAUCAGAAGUAAUGCCCUAUACAGGGAAUAGGGUGCCAUUUGGGACUCAUGCUUCAUUAAGGCCUAAGAAAAGACCACAAAAAAAAGAGGCCCAUUUACCUCCAGGAGGCUGACCACAUGUUUAUUUUAUUCCCCUUUAAAAAGACUGGCUGAUUUAAAUAAAUAAAUAAGAGUGGGGGGGAAGUACAUUUCAAAUUCCCUUUAAUAUGGGAUGAUGAAAACGGAGUCCCCUUCAAACAAGGCCGGCUAUUAACUACACUACUCGCAAGUGUACACAUUACAAUGAAACACACUCAAGGCGUACAGAAAAUACUUCCUCUGCACCAGGGGCUGAUGAUGAUGCUAGUGCCUAAAUAAGGAAGGAAACCCUGAACACCGGCUUUUCAGGAUACCCAUACUUGCGUCCUAAAAUAGUAGGCCGUCUGAGGAUGCUCAAGAAAAGUUUAAUAGUAUGCGACAUUUAGAAAAUCCAGUGUACUUUCAAUGCUCGGAUGCCAUACUCUUUUCAGAUUUGACAACAGCUGAUCAAUUUAGAUAUGGGGAUGCGCUACCGAAAUCAACGAAUAGCGGGGAACAACCCAAUCACGCAUGAUGCAUUCUCAGUAUGUGAAAAUUGAGUAUGUGAAUUUUCAAAAGUUGAGUGUGGUUUAAGUGCCAGGAUGUUCUACUCAUUUCGGCUCUUCAUCUAGUAGAAUUCGAUGCACACUUUUCCACAAUGCAUUGGAAGAGGUGGGCUGCGAGUGAUAGUUGCUAGUCUUCAAGUAGCCAAACAACAAAACUAGGGUACUUAAUUGGCAAGAUGACGAGUAGCGUGGUGUUUAAAUGUAGGCUAAGUAGUUUGAAAAGUUUGUCUGAUUUUAAUUUAUAUAUGUUACAGCACUUUGGUUUCACCAAUAAAUACUGUAUGUUGAAAUGGAACCAAAUGAUCUGUUUGUGUUCAGUCCUUUAUGAAUAGGAUAGAUGGGCUAUAUGGGCUACAGUAUAGGUUGAAUGUGAUAGCCUGCCUAUAACCAGCCUGAGUAGGCCUAUAGCUCCUUUCCUAUUCUGUUUUAGAGAAAUUAAUUGAAUUGGAAAUGAGCUAUUAUCAGGCUGGUUAAUGCGAUCCAGGUCUGUAAAUUUGGGGAAAAUCCACCCGCCUCAGCCAGUCAGGAGGCGCUACUGCGUUGUGGCCGUGACAUACUGCGUACUUUUCACUAAACGGUACGUGCUGAAUAGUAUGCGAUGAUGAGUACAUAGUAUGCAGUUAAAGUAUGUAGUACGCUAGUAUGGGUAUUCGGACACGGCCACUGGGUUAACUGUGAAAUUUAAAGCAAUCCCUUAUUGGGAAGAGCAUCUAGAAUAACACCAGAUCAGUUGUGUUACUACUACGCUAAGAGACAAAUGAUAAAAUUCACUGUGUGUGUGUGACAUGGUGCUAGUAGGUAUGUAUGUGGCAAGCGCUAUCACCAGGUUCUCACAACAGAGCCAAUCUGGAGCAACAGAAGGCUUUAUGAGCACAAUGAUUUGUGUGUGUCAGAGACACGGGCUAAUGGAGUAACUUAUUUUCCUUGGUGCUUUUUCAUCUAGACUUCGACCCACAUCAGUGGGCCGCCAGUGUUUUAUGUUAAUGUAAGCUCUAGUGUAAUUGUGUUUCCAUCAGGAGUGUGACACUAAAGACUCGGGGCGAGCAGAAUCAACAACCUCUGCAUCAUUAAAGACUGUUGCUUUUGUGAAGUGUUAAAGUUCAGUUAGCCAUUAUGUAAAUGCCAGCUGAAAAGUACCCAGGACAUUGCCUUGGCUCCAAGUUCGAGCAGGUCCGCUGGAGCCAUGGCCCAGUGAGACACUGGUACCAGCCCCCGUAGAUGGAAACGCGUACACACACACACACACACACACACACGCACACACACACAGGCAGUGCCUCUUGGUGUGUUUUUAUCCAGAGCUCAUUUUGUGAAAACGAUAGGUUAAGGAAAGAUAAAUAUUUGAAUGACAAAACAAUGGAACUGACUAAUGUUUACUUGUGGGAGAAUAGGAGUUGGAGAGGAGCGAGAGAGCGAACAAACAGAGAAUGAGACGUAAGAUGAUUAAAAGGUCUAGUGGGGGCUCAGAACUCAUUUCAGAGGCAGAAAAAUGCACCGCAAUAAAUAAACCAGCAAGGCAAGGGGGAGGCUGCUGAGUUGAAAGAUUACAGCGGAGUAGAGCGCGGAAGAGAAGGCAAAAAGCCCUCGUUCUGUGAUUCCUUCGUCUCUCUUCGUCUGCUGUUCUCUAGUGGUUUUCAUUAGCUACAUCCUCCUCUCUAAAACAACCAGCCUCCCCCUCCCUCUUUCACGUUCCUCAAUGAUUUUUGUUCUUUCUGCAGUUCCCAUUCCCCUUACACAUACACUCACAUUCUUUUUCUCCCUUCUUUUUCCCCUCCUCCUUCCCCCUGCGUUCUCUUUUCCGUCUUCUGAAUUUUUUCGCUCCUCUUUCAAUGUCUAGGCUCCCGUCCUCUCCCCUGUGCCCGUGCUUUGAUAGUGGGGCUGUGGUAUUUGAGGGAGUGAAUGGGAGUGUGGGAAUGCAGGGUGUAAAUUAGAAUGCAGUGUGUCCCCCUACACACACACACACACACACACACACACACACACACACACACACACACACACACACACACACACACACACACACACACACACACACACACACACACACACUGCAUUCUAAUUUACUUGCAGACUGAAAGGAGAGUGUUGUUUAUCUUGAGCCCUAGAGGCUGAUCUACAUCCUGUGAAUGUAUCCUCCCUCCUCUCUCUCUCUCUCAUUUCUCCUUUUCUUUUUCUCUGUAGCUCCUUUGAUUCUUCUCUCUCUCCUCCGUGCGCUGCAGCUCACUCCCCAUAAUUAGAAUGUGCACAAGGGGGACGGAAAAUGAGCGAGAGGGAAACGAGAGCGGGAGGAAUGGAGACUAAGGCAGGCAGCGAGAGGGGUGGGGGUGUGUGCUGCCGAGGCAGGCAUAGCUGGGAGCUGGUUGGCUGAGCUGUUGGCAAGGGGCGGGGGGGAUGGGCCGCCGCGCUGCCAUUGGUUGGCCUGGGUCCCAGGGGCAGAUGGGGGAGAGAGGAUGGGAGCUCCAGUGCCGUGUUCCUCUCCUCUUUUUUUUCCCCCCCUCUCCUCCUCUCUGCUCUGCUCUCCUCCUCUGCUCUCCUCUCCUCUGCUCUCCUCUCCUCUCCUCUGCUCUCCUCUCCUCUGCUCUCCUCCUCUGCUCUGCUCUGCUCUCCUCUCCUCUGCUCUCCUCCUCUCCUCUCCUCUGCUCUGCUCUCCUCUCCUCUGCUCUCCUCCUCUGCUCUGCUCUCCUCUGCUCUGCUCUCCUCUCCUCUGCUCUCCUCCUCUCCUCUGCUCUGCUCUCCUCUCCUCUGCUCUCCUCCGCUCUCCUCUCUUCUGUGAGCUUCUACAGGGAGCCAAGCUCCGUUCAGCAAUAGCUCAUCAAACCCACCACAGCACUGAGGUGGAAAAGCAGCACAGGGCUGUCUGUUAUUACCCGCUGUGUGCGUACGUGAAGAAUUGGAGGGAAAGACUCCCUCCCCACUAUUUCUUGAUCUUUAUAUCACUACCACUCAAUGUGCUGUGCUGUUAGAUCUAAGACUGCAUUGUAAGAUUAAAUAUAAGCUGAAAUAAUAUUGUAGUUGGAGGGAAGGUUGUACACAGACUAUUAUAGGAAUGAAGCAGAAUUGAUAUCCAUUAUGCCUUAGAAGCAUGGCUUGGUUUAAGCUGUAUAAACAUAUACUGAAAUGAUCAAUGACACAUCUUAUAUUUGUAUACUUAUAUCUCAGUAAAAGUAACCCUCCCACCCCAGUCUCCUAUAUGGUUAUUUAUAUUGGGGAGAUGCGGGACAACUUAGUACCCUCGCUUAUAUGUGAAUUAGAGUUUGGAGCAGUCUGACACGGGUGAACAUUGAUCGUAUUCGCACCAGUAUAAUUUGCAUGUCGGCCGCGUGGGAGGAAAAACUCCCUUGGUUGCACACCUUAUCCCCAGAAUUUUUAAGACUGUCCCCUUCCAGACUCUUGACAGACAGGUGAGUCUGCCAAUGAGAUGUUGCCGUGGGGUGAGACGACCCUCUGGAGAGGGCCCAUGCCAUUGCAAAGGAAAGUGAAGGUUAACAUGGGGGCUUUACCAGAGAUCAGAUUAGCAGGUCACAGACACAGAGGCCUAAACUGUGUCUAUUCUGCAUCCCAAAUAGCACCCUAUUCCCUAUAUAGUGCACUACUUUUGACCAGAGCCUAUAGGGUACUAGUGCACUAUAUUGGGAAUAGGGUGCCAUUUGGGAUGCAAUCUGUGUGUGCCGCCAUCAGCUUUAUCCCUCAUCUGUCGUCUAGCAAACUUUCUCUCUCUCUCACACGCUCUCUCUAAAACCUAGGAUGGGAUGGGAUGAGAUGUGUGUUAUCAUCCUAGUCUCAAACCAGCUACUCUGUCUAUUCUACCUGCAGUCUAUCCAACCCCCCCACCCUCUCUUUCUCUACUCAUCUUUCUACCCGUCUCUCUCUGUCUUAUCUUUCUACCAAUCUCAUCUCUCAAAGCAUCUGCUGAGCCAGUAGUUUCCAUUUCAAAGCAAAGCCUCUUUCAUUCGGAGCAGAAGUGAUGCUCUUGAGGUGGAGUGUGCCCUCAAUCCCCUCCCCCUGCUCCUCCUCUCUCUCUCUCUCUCUCUCUCUCUCUCUCUCUCUCUCUCUCUCUCUCUCUCUCUCUCUCUCUCUCUCUUUAUCCCCUCUCCCAUUGCCUCACCGUACUGCGUCACCAUGAGAAUAAACCAAGAACAAAAGGUGUCCAGGGAGAUUCCAGCUCUGGGUCAAAUAAAAAAUCCAGUCCGUUUCACAGUGGAACACAUGGGUCGUAUUCAUUAGUGUACACCGUAGCAAAACGUUUUUCAACAGAAACUAAUUUGCAACACAAACAGUCAAACAUAUUUCAGAUAGUCCCAUCCUGUUUCAGUUGGUUUUCUUCCGUUCGGUGUCUAAUGAAUACGGCCAUGGGCUGCACACACGUGGCCAGGGACAAAAUGAUCAAACAUGAAAUAAACAUACAGGCUUGGUUUCCAGUAGUCAGAAACGAUGUGGACCUGUUGGGUUGGUCCUUGAAGGCUUGGGAUGUCCUGCUAGAGGAGGAUCACUAGAAUACAGUCAGACAGGCUUCUCUCUUCAUCCUCCUAUAGUGGGUGUGGGGUGGCAGAUUAUAGGUUCUGUGUGGGGGACAUAUUCCGUCUAGACCUUUGAUAAACGGAAGAAUGGGCUAUGGUGGGGACUAGGGAUGUGUCUCAAAUGGCACCCUUUUCCCUAUAUAGUGCCCUAAAUAGCCUAAUCCCGAUAUAGUGCCUUGGUCAAAAGUGGUGCACUAAAUAGGGUAUAGGGUGCCAUUUGGGACACAGACUAGAAUAUGGGCAGUCAUUGCGCCUGUCUGUCCAUCACCAGACUGGCACUAACCGUUACCACUGCCGGUUACCACGGUGGCAGACAAAAUCGCCAGCUGGCUCCGUGCCAACUGCAGUGGCAGAGCGGGAGGGGUGGCGGGACCAGGAUCAGGCAGCCAGUGGUGAUGUCUGCUGCUCCCUCAAUCUCUCUCUCAUUCUCUCCCGCUCUCUGUCUUGUCCCUCCCUCAGUCAUUGAUUAGCUGGAGGAAGAGCGAGCGAAGGGAGAAGGUAAUUAUGGUGACUAAAUUGCGCUUUUUUCAUCUACAACAUCAAAGAUGAUGAAAGUCUUGGACAGAUUCCAGAUUUUUUUCAGAUUUUUUCUUUUCUUGUUCCUCGUUCUUCUUUUGUUCCAGAUCGUAAUGGUAAAUCUAUUCUACACAAACCCCCAUCUCCCUCAAACAUGUCCCGCACCUCUAUUCAAGCCAAAUGAGGAAUAUAUUGUUUUAAUUGUACUUCUCAGCUAUAUUUGGUUUUUACACACACGCUCAACCUCAAUCACACACAGGCACCCUUAGAGAAAUCAGUAAGAUUGCUGCUGUCCCCGUUCCCCACUAUUUCUUAAACUCUGUCAUUAAGUCUAAAUUAUUUCCCAGCACAGCCCUGCAUGUUUUUCGUCUGACUGCUACUCAUGAUUGCAAAUGCUGAUGCCGCUCUUCGUAACUCCUCCGAGAUAACUCCAUUCUAUUGCCAGCAACUAUUACCUCCCCCAAGCCUCUCCUCUCUUCUCCUUAUGACGCCAUCCCCAUUCCUCAUUGGUGGUUGGUUAAUUCAGUCCCGGAGCUGAUUGGCUCUAGCCUGCCCGCAAUAUCUCCACAGAGACCGAGGCAUCCAGAGCCACGGUGAUGGGCGCCAUCUGAAACGGUGACACCACAAAAAGCCUCUGUUGGCUGUCCAAUAUUUAAUUGGGCGUGAGUGUGAGUUUUCCCCGGAGGGCCGAGCGUACGUGCGUUUGUUGUGUUGUGAGGGCGGGAAGGAGAGUGACUCACUCAUCACACUAACCCUUGGGCUAAAUGGCAGACAGGAUAAGAGGGGAGAAAGAUAAGGAGUACCACAAGGUUCUAUUUCAGCCCCAUCUCAAUGUAUCCUUUUUUAUUAUCGUGUUGCUAAGGCAGUGCUUAUGGAGUAUGCUUUGGAAGGUGCAGUCACAGUGUGCAUAUGAACUGGUUUUCAGAGUGCUGAAGACUGAGGAAGAACCUCGUCUCUCUGUCAUCUGUGCACAUCACAUACACUCUAACACACACAAAGGCUCGCUCUCAUGCUCUCUCUCACAUUACCAUUCUGCACCAGUGCUUGAGUCUGCUGUUUCUUCUGAGGAAAACUCAUCUAAAGUUGUCCUCAGAAGAAUAGCCAGUCAGUCCUCUUUUGAACAUGGCAUGACUGUGCCUCUUGCCCACCCCAGAGAGAGUAUGUGUGCGCGUGCAUACUCUCCCCUCUAGAGGCUGUCUAAUCACCCAUCCAUCACUCCGCACAGAGGCACAUUCCCACAGUCUCCAGACACACAAACACACACACACCGUCUCCAGAGAGCGCUUAUCAAACCUAAUAUGCCAGUGCUCCUUUCAGAUUGUCAGAUUUCACAGUAGGGGAGAGUUUCCCCUCAUCAGCCUUGUGAAUGUCUCCGUGUGCGUACACACCAGUGUUCUGCUCAGGGCUACCUCCACCACCGCUGCUGCCCCCUACUGCUUCUCAGGAGGCCCAAUCAGGGACACUUUUGAUGGGGGAGAGAUCUAGGCGAGGCCCAGGCAGUCCCCCUGGCCUUCCUCGGCUUUCAGUAUUUUCUCAAUUGCAUAUUUUUCAAAGGCAAACUCUUUUCUUUCAUCAAACUAUAUGGACAGAAUCAAAAGGCUGGGGGAUGAAAGAGAAGAAAAUGGCGGGUGCUCUGGUGAAUGUGUUCAGGGUCAUAGCUAGUUUAGAUCCCCGGGUUUCAUCUAGUCUGUCCCAAAUGGCACCCUAUUCCCUUUUAUAGUGCACUACUUUCGACCAGGGUCCAUAGGGCUCUGGUCAAAAGUAGGGCACUAUAUAGGGAAUAGGGUGCCAUUUGGGAGGGCUUGUCUUUGAUUAUAAGUCCUUGGUCCUGGUGCGGUGUGUCCACAUAGCCAGGGUAUGAGUAGAGAGGACAGUAAUGUUCUGGAUGUACUUACUCCCCCACACUGCACAGUCAGCAUACUGCUGUCUGUGGUGAAUCACAAGCUCACACACACAUAGGCUGAGCCAUUCUGAGUGCUGGGAAAUCAGCAAGAUACUAUAGCUAAACAAAAUGGCAACUUUGUCUUUCUCUGCGAUGUGGUGCAAGUGUACUAGGCUCCUUUUUAAAGUUCAGUUUAAAGCAUUUCUGUAGCAAUUUAAUGGUUCUCUGUUGGUGCUUUCUUUUACACGGCUGCGGCCCAAACUCGAGGGUACCACUGCAUGGAAAGAGUGAACAGAGGAGUGGACUGCAUGUGGGCACUACUGCUGUGCCCGUCUCUGGUUCUCUCAUUAAUUAAUUUAUCCUUCCCUUGUUUCACUGCAGAGUCGCGAGUGGAAAGGGGGAUGAGGGAAGGGAGGAGGUUAAAACCACGAAUGACCAAUGAGGCUGAAUAAUUAUAUUCAUAAAUUUAGCAAGCCAAGGCCCCUAACGAAUGUGAAUAAUUAUAACCAUAAAUCAUGCAAGCGGCACAAGUCUUGAGGAAUAUGCAAACAGGUUUAAGUGGCCAUCCAAUGCCUUUCAAACUGAAAUAAAGGGUUUGUUGAAAUAUGUAACACACGCUGAAAACUGAAGAGAAGGCCUUGGCCGAGUCCCAAAUGGCACCAUAUUCCCUACAAAGUGCACUCCAGGGCUCUGGGCUUUUUACCAACCCCCCAUGCCUCUAAUGAUGCAACCCGCUUCUGUGAUGGUGAAGUAGAAAUACUUUGGGAACCCAUUUGGAGCUUUAGAGGAGUGCAAAUGAGAGGAGAGGAAUCCCACUGCACAGUAGGGUGCAUUGCAUUCAAGUACAAUUGGCUGACGUAGACUAAGAUUGAUAGCAGAAGAUGUAUAUAUUUUUUUAAUGCAGAGAUGCUCUUAACUGCUGUGUGUGUGUUUUAAGUGACUGAUCAUGAAGUCUAAGUGGUUGUUAUGGCCUCAGAUUGUGUCAUAAUGAAAGGUCGUAGGUGAGAGCUGCCUGUCCGCCAGGCGCCAACUCCAGCUCUGAGCGGGGCUGUUACGGGGACUGUAUUACCACCACACCGGCAGUCACGAGUCAUGACCGCAGUCAAAUUCCACGUGACUGUUUAGUCACGGUAACUAGGCUUCUCCAAGCUCUGAUGCUGCUGAUGGUCAUUAGUAGCCUACCCAAACUUGCUAACUGCCAUGGUACUCUGUACUCUAUUGUCCCUCUAAUCACUCUGACAUCAACGCAAAUGUACAACAGGAGUAUAGCCUACCUGGCUGGUAUGAAAACUAACCACGGGAAAAGCGUCCUCCUUUGCUAUUUAAGUGCACAGAUGACAUGUAUUUUUUUCCCUUGCCCCGGUUCCGAUACAGGUGCAUGAUAAUGGUCCAAAACAAAACAAAUUUCACACAUAUAUAUUAUUUAGUAUAUGUAAAGACAAGAUUAAAUCAAGAAUAGUCUGAUGGGUGACAAUAUUAGCCUAUCACUUGUGAAUGAUAUGUUAUCACUUGUGAAUGAUGCCCAGCUUUUGUGCAGUAAGGCAAGAAAGAGUGCAAGCCUUUUUUUUGGCUACUUUUUAAAAUCAUAGCCCCCACCUCAUGUAGCCUAGCCCAUAGGCCUAUAUGUUUUGAUAAUGUUUGUAUAACCAAAUAACUUCUUAAAAUUAAGCACAUUUGAUUCGCUUUACAACCGGUGCAGAGCCUAACUGGCAUACAUAGGCAGCGAGUGAGUUUCAAGUUUGGGGAAGAACUUUCACAAUUUUUUCGCCCUUAUAGCCUACUGCCGUGUGCGCAUUGCUGCGCUUAUAAUGUGAAAAAAUAGCAUAAUAGCCUAUCAACAUUUUAAGCUAAACGUUCUGAUAUGUUGCAUCAGCCUCAUUGCUUUUAAACAUUUUUUUGAUGCGAUUGGUUGUAUUAAUUUGGGAUCUAUCGCAUCCCACAACUGUCCCAGACUAUGUUUGGAAUAUUUAUUUCUCGCACAGAAUAGGUCAACUUUUGUACUAUGGGGGAUAGUAGAUUGACAUAGGCUAGUGCUUUUGCUGUUCGUUAGGCCUACUCAUCUUGUUGGCUGACGAAAAGUAAAUGUGGACAGUUCUUCUAACAUCUUCAAUAUGUGCCUCGGAAUUCUACAAGAAGGACGCGCGCACUUGUGUCCCCGACGUGUCGGGUCUUCACUUGUAGCCUACUUCGGAACUGAGAUAGAUGCCUGUGAGAAGACCCUGAUCACGUGACGAGCAUUGGCUAAUAAGAAUUGAGAUAUCAGAGAGAGCCAUGUGAGUGAGAGGUGCUUCGGAACACGCAGCCAGGAGAAGGGAAUUAUAAUUAUUAUAUUCAGCCCAAGGGCACAAUGGCCACUGGAUGUUUUUAGGGGGCAUUACGGCCACACUAGGGGGAUGCAGCCGGGAAAUUUGAGGCAUUAUCAAGUGCUUGUCAAAUUGUGAAUGAGAGACUGAUGAAAUGUGUUCAGCCUGCACAAGAAACAAAGCAGAGCUCAUGCCUUUCAUGCAACUUUUUUCAAAUCAUCAUUAGUCGCAUCAUGCAGCCUUAGAAUGUUUAAAACAUCUAAAUAUAUAGCCCAACAUUUGUAUCACAACUAAAGUUGCAUAACUCUAAAUUAAGUAUAUAGGAGGACCUGUUUCUUUGUUAAUCUCUCAACACAGAAUAGCCGCAUGUGCGCACUCCCUCAGAAAUCGUUUGGAGAAAAUAUCCUUUCUAUUUUAUUCAGCUAUGUUCAAUUGUAUUCUUCAUACUAUAAAAUAAAAUAAUGCCAUGAAUUCUACGCAAAUCAUGUCUGCUAAAUGAACUAGUGUAGCCCACAGCCAUAUGGCAUAGCCAGAUCAGGGCCUAACAUAAGGACGGCUCAGAAUAUGCUAUUCUGUUCUUCUGAAAUAUAAAUUUUCCCCCCCAAAAAGUGGUUUUAUUGUGAUGGUGUAGGCUAUAUUAAAUGGAAUUAUUAGACUAAAAUGUAGAUGUUCCAAAGGUCUGCAUCAGUGGCUUGUAGGCUAUGUGUGGAAGCCAGGAGAUGCUAAAUGUAUUUAUGUAAAUUACGGUCAAUUACCGUGAGACCGGCAGUUAUUUGCUUGACAAUCAUCGGCUGACAAAAUGUCAUGACCGCCACAGCCCUAGCACCGACCGCACAGUUUCCACAGGAAUCGGUAGCUGAGAGGGAGGAGAGGCAAAUAACUUGGUCCCAUGCCACUUUGGAGGGCAACUCGUUGGCAGUAUUAAACUUUGGCUCCACUCCUGAUGUGACAUUGAGGCCGUUGGCGUGGCUGUCUUUUGGGUGUAAUUUGGCCAAAUUUGUCUAAAUGCCUGAGGUGUUUCUGCCCAGUUAGUUUUUCAACAUGUAGGCAAAUUGGUGAUUGUUGCAAUGAUGCUGUUUCUCUCCCACUGUGAAAGCGCCAGUAGUACAGACUGAGAGAAUGCGUCUCAAAUGGCACCCUAUUCCCUAUAAGGUCAAAAGUAGUGCAUUAAGUAGGGAAUAGACAGAAGUCUAGCCUGACUGCAGUGCUGGGAGAAUAUUUUCCACCAUGUGCCCGCCUGCCUGGUUUUGCGUUAACUCAAUUGGGUAAAGUCUUCCUGGACAUCAAGAGAGAUUUCCAACACUACAAUGUCUCUCCAUCUAUGUUAGAUGUUAUGUCAAGUCAUCAAGUAACUGGUAAAGAUUUUACUAUCUACUGGUGGAGGUUCUUAAUGCUUGUAUUUCAAGGUGUUCUUGACCUCAGCAGACUGGCUCGAAGUCAGAAUUUCUCCUGGGUCAUGUUCAUUUAAAGCACAUAACGGAGGACAUUUUAAAAUGUUUUGCAACUGAAAACGAAUGAGCGUAUUGUUAUUGGACUAGUCCAGGUAGUCGCUCACUCAGUCCGUUUUUCUUCCGUUUUGUGCGCGUGAACACGGCUUGGUUUGCCUCACACUAACCUUCCUCUCUUCUCUCCUCUUCUGUUCCAGGACCUAUCUGGCUCCAUAGAUGACCUUCCUACGGGCACGGAGGUGGCCAGCAGCUCAGCGGUUAGUGCUUCGGGGUCCACCAGCAGCCAGGGCGAGCAGAGUAACCCGGCCCAGUCGCCCUUCUCACCCCACGUGUCCCCACGCCUCCCUGGCCUGCGCAGCGGCCCCUCGCCCUCCCCCGUGGGAUCACCCGUUGGCUCCAGCCAAUCACGCUCCUGCCCCAUCUCCCCCGCCAGCGUCCCAGGUAUAGAACGAAACCCUGCACCUAGGUAAUAAUAAUAUGCCAUUUAGCAGACGCUUUUAUCCAAAGCGACUUACAGUCAUGUGCGCAUACAUUUUUACGUAUGGGUGGUCCCGGGGAUCGAACCCACUACCCUGGCGUUACAAGCGCCGUGCUCUACCAAUUGAGCUACAGAGGACCACUAGGUCUAGGAGUAACCUUCAAACACUCUACCACAUCUCACACAGACACAUCACACUCCGGACAGGGAGUAAGGGCCAGUUUUCCAGACUCGAUACAGUAACUGUAUUUGUAAUAUUUCAGCCAUUAUAUUUCAGAGAGCAGUUCUGAGACAGCCACAGUGGAGCUGGAACAGCACAGCUCUGGUUGUCAUGACUGGCACAACUGUGGAGGAAAAAUAGCUCCUUUGUCUCAUUACAGGCAGUUCUUUCUGAACUUCUUUUGCAUUAGUGACUCUAUAGUAAGUCACAGUGGGAGAGAGAAGUCUGUUGGUUUCGUAGAGGCAGCUGGGGCAGUCAGGGGAGGUGCUAUAGCUUCAGCUCCAAAACAAAGGCCUCAGUCAUUAAAAUAGUUUCUAAACUAUGUUAGCAGUUCGGAGUCACUUUAACACAAUUACUCUCCCACAGUGCAGCGCCUUGUUGCCCGUUUGACGCCAGGCUGGACUAGUUUGGGGAGAUUUGUCCUUAUUUGUGGCCAAAGUUACAGUUUAAUCCCCGACCCUUUCUCUCUCGCUACUCUGGGUGGUGAUAACGAGGUCGACGGGAGACCAUUUAGCCAUCUGCACACACACACACUAUACACACUCUCACCCCUUCUGGGAGAGCUGUCAGCCAUAAGCCCCCACACUGAGGCACCAACUGACUUGUGAUGGCCUUUGCAUCCUAUCGCCACGGUAACCGCUGCAUAUAAACACAUGCACACAUACUGUAGGGCUCAUUAAAGGGCACCAGACACACAGCUCCCAGGGAGAGGGGUUAGUUUAGCUAGACACACUGCUGCUCUUCAGGCCAACACACUGACAUGACAGAUCUGGGGAUGUGGGUGUGUGUCCCCGUGUGUGUGUGUGUCCCACUGACGUUUGCUCCCCUCCCCUCCUCUCCUCCCAGGCACCCAGAUGGCCCCCCAGACCCCUGGGAACGUGUCUGAUGUGGGCUCCCAUUCCACCCUGAGCCAAUCCCCCAUGUCUCAGGAGAGAGGUGAGAUUUUCCUGCACAUCACACAACCUUGUGACCCACAACCCCCCCUCUUCCAGAAUAUUUACCAUGCAUGUGAACGAUGAAGUCUGAGCAAUCGGCAACAAAUCCGUAUACGCUCGGAUGAGUCAAAUACGUGAGCUUUUUGCUCACUUCAUUUCAACGACGGUUUGAUAAAUUAGGUCCCCUCUUUAGUACACAAUCUGACCCUAUGAUGGAAAUAUUUGAACGGAACAUGGGUACCUCAAGCUUUAGUCCCUCCCUAAUGAUGUAUAGCAGUGAACCUAUGUCUCUCAAGGAGUCCAUUUCUCCUGCUGGGUCUCAGGUGUUUUCCAUAGGAUCAUUAGUACAACAGAUUAGCCAUAAAUCAGCCUCCCUUCAAUGCCUCAGCACUGGGCCAGACCUCUGGCUGUGUCCCAAAUGACACCCCAUUCCCUAUAUAGUGUUAUAAUUUUGGGCUCUGGUCAAAAGUAAUGCACUAUGCAGGGAAUAGGGUACCAUUUAAGACGCACCCUUCAUAGAGGAACCAUGGAUGUCUCUCUCAACGGCUGCCAAUAUGGUUGUCAGGCCAUGUCAUUCAGGCUGUCCAGCACUGGGGCCGGGGGGGUGAAGGCCCAGUGAGUAAUAGUCAAAAUAACACCUCACCAGCCAGCUAGACAUAACCUUUUUCUCACUGUCUGAAGGGGAUCAUUGUAACAGUGGUGGCAUUAAUACAAAUGAUCACUCACUCCAUGGCCCAAGCUUGGGGAGGGGUGUUACUUAAAAUGGGGCAUGUGAGUGCUGUACAAGCUGUUGAAGCACAGGGAAGGGGAAAGUCAUGUUUUUUCUUUUGGCCUCCAUAGUGCCUAUGAAUAAAUAGUUAAAGGGAUAGUUCACCCAAAUUAAUUGUCUUACCGUGCCCAUAGACUGAUUACAGGGCAGGGUUUCCGUUAGGAAAAUGUGGCGCCGGCAGCAUUUUAAUUAACGGACAUUUAAGACAUUUACCGGGUACAUAUGCAUUGGUUGCGCAACCUGAUUAGGGCGUCCACCCACAGUGCUCAGAAUGCCAGAAAUCACAUUUACACUGAACAAAAAUAUAAACGCAACAUGUAAAGUGUCGGUUUUAUGAGCUGAAAUAAAAUAUCCCAGAAAUUUUACAUACACAAAUUUGCUUACAUUCCUGUUAGUGAGCAUUUCUCCUUUGCCAAGAUAAUCCAUCCACCUGACCGGUGUGGCAUAUCAAGAAGCUGACUAAACAGCAUGAUCGUUACACAGGUGCACCUUGUGCUGGGGACAAUAAAAGUCUAAAAUGUGCAGUUUUGUCACACAAUGCCACAGAUGUCUCAAGUUGAGGGAGCGUGCAACUGGCAUGCUGAUUGCAGGAAUGUCCACCAGAGCUGUUGCCAGAGAAUUGAAUGUUAAUUUCUUUAUCAUAAGCCGCCUCCAAAGUCAUUUUAGAGAAUUUGGCAGUACGUCCAACCGGCCUCACAACCGUAGACCACGUGUAUGGCACAAAAAUACAGUGACAAGAUUGUGAGGCCCAUUUUCCCACUAAUCUGUAUUCCCAGUCAUGUGAAAUCCAUAGAUUAGGGCCUAAUUAAUUGACUGAUUUCCUCAUAUGAACUGUAACUCAGUAAAAUCCAAUUUUAGCAUGUUGCGUUUAAUAUUUUUUUAAAGUAUCGUUUAUGGUAAUUCAUCUUAACAGAACAUGCAACGGCGUGCGUCAUUCUUACCGAAUUCCGAUGAGCAAUUUGAAGAUGUUAAAGUACAUGGGUGGCGGGUCCAUAAGGCUAGGGGAAGCUUUCCCUAAAGGAAAUGUAAUUAAAUUGCCAAAAUGAUAUAGCCUGAAUAGCUUACUCAUGUCUAUACAGAAAUAAAUAAAAUAAUUCAAAAUAGGCUGCCACACCAGAAAGCAUGAUUUGGCCACAAGAGGAUUAGCUUAAAAAACAACAACUGUGGAUUGUUUUAAAUUGCAUAGCCUACAGUCGGAAGGGCCCGCAGUUUGGGAAGAGCGCGCAGCAAAUACCAAAUAGAUUAUUGUGAAAAGCAGAGACCCAGCCAGGCAUAUCGCAAUAUUUAAAAAUACAAUCAUGGAAAAGCAAACUGUUUGGAAAGCAAAAUGGCUAUUGCUGUAAAUAGAACACAAUGAAAAGUCUCCAAUCUGUCUUUUAAUUAUCAAAAUUCUCAACUUUAUUAUUAUUGUCGCCAGCGGAGAACAUCGACCAUAUCCCCGGUGAGUGUACAUAUUCACUGUCUUUAUCAUUGGGUCAGUGCCACUUUUGUUUGUUUUUGGACAAUAAUUUCCUCCUCCAGGUUUGAUGGACGUAAUAUUGUAUUUGUCUCCCCUUUUCAUAGGCCCAGAGUAUUCUACCCUGUUAAUUUUUGUUGUAUUAAAAAACAUUCUGUUAAUGUCUCCAGUCAUAUAAAAUGUAGUAGAAUUGUAUGAAAUGUAUUUAUGAAAGGCCAACAUUUUCCUGUGAUAUAGCCUGACUGCUCUACACCACUAUGCACUGCAUUGUCUUUUUUUGCGAACAGUGAUUGAGUUAUAUUAUUAGUCUAAAUUAUGACUAUCUAAUCAUCACAUUAGGAAUAGUAGGCUAUCUUACAUAAGUUUACAAAUGCGAGGAUGCAUGGAAUGCUUUUUUUUAAAGGUGGAUUUUUAUGCUGAAAAUUAGCAAAAAUAAAGAUUCAGCAAUGAGGCUCAUGCACCAGAUCAGAACGUUUAGCUUAAAAUGUUGAUAAACUAUUAUUUCUUCACAUUAUAACCACAGAAAUACGCACAAGGCAGUAGACUACGCUAAUUUCAUUAUGUUCGUUCCAUAAUGCGAUUAGUGGGAAAAAACCAUUGUGAGGGGUUUCAUGUGACAGAGAUGAUAUCCGUUUUCAAAAUGCAUGUCUCCAGCUCAUUGCAAAGUGACAAUCUGAAGCCUGCCUGGUUGCCAAUGCACUUGAAUGGGAAGCGAGCUUCAAUUUACCAGUUGAAUUUUUAUUUAUAGUAGGCUUAGCUCUUUUUAAUCGUGACCAUGUUUAUUUAUUUAUUUUACAUAUAUAUAUAUAUAUAUAUAUAUAUAUAUGUAUAUAUGCGAUUGCCUUUUAGAAUUGUUGCGCAAUGAUUUGGCUUAUUAAAGCACGUUUCAUUCAUCUCUCGUGCUACAUCAACUGGUAUUUCAAUCGAUUAAUUGGCUAAAAUGCAUUAUUUUGCAAUGGGAUAGUAUUUUGCUCCCAGACAAUUGAACAGCAGCAAUUAUAUUUAUCGGCUUUUCAUUUUUUUUAUCGGAGAAAAGCUGGCUAUUACCGGCUAACGGAAACACUGAUACAGGGUAAGGAAACAGGAUGUCAUUUGGGCGAACUAUCCCUUUAAGUGGUAGUGAGGUACUGUAUUCAAAUGGUUUUCUCACUACUGUGCCCUUAGACGUGGUUUUGAUCAAGUGAGAUGAAAAGUUCACCUUUCAAACAGAUGAGACCUUUUCUGCGGCAGCCGGGCGGCUGUAUUAGCUCUUGUGAUAUUUGGCGCCCCAUUCAGAUCAAUUUAAAUGUUUAUUUGGUCGUUCGGUGUAGCAUUUGGUAGUACUUUUCAACAGACAAGGCUAAGUGUUACCAUUCAAUUGAGGUGAGUUCACUUAAAUUGAACAGAAUUGCUAAAUUGACAAUUGGGUUUUCAAAUCAUUGAGUCUAUGAAAGCAAAAUGUACCCCCAUUCUAACCUUCCCGUAGUUCUGUUCUCAAUUUGAAUGAAUUUAACAGAUUAUCUCCCUGUCCCUCCCUGCAGGGUUCCCACCUGCCAUGCAGCGGAACACCCCAGGCCCCCAGCAGUCAGGCCCCCAGCAGUCAGGCCAGGGGCCCCCCAUGUCCCCUCACCCCUCCCCGGGGGGCUCCAUGCACCCGGGCUCCUAUCAGCAGCAGCAGGGGGGCCCUGGCCCCUCGUUCGGAUCCCAGACCGGCCAUUACGGCCCCCAAGGUAAUAUUCCGAUCCAGGGUGAAGUUUCCCCGAGGUACAGAACUAGGAUCAGCUUCCCCUCCCCCAAUCCUAACCUUAACCAUUAGGGGAAAUGCUAAACUGACCUAAGAUCAGAGUCUAGGGGCACUUCCUCCGCGCUAGAGACUGAUGAGUAUGUCGGUGCCCAGUAAGACAGUGUAGCCCGUUUGUUCACCCUAGCCUGGGCUAUAGAAGGACUAAAUCUUUGCUUAACUCACUUAAUUUUCCCUGUGGGAAAAAUUUGUUGCAAUGUCAUGUACACGUUUAAAAUGGCGUUUAAGAAAAAGGACAAGAACAAUGCAUACAGUAGACAAUUCACAAUACAAAUUCCUAACAGUUAUAUACAGUAUGGGAGAAGACUAUUUUAGCAGACGCUCUUACCCAGAGCGACUUACAGAAUUAGGGUUAAGUGCCUUGCUCAAGGGCACAUCGGCAGAUUUGUUCCACCUUGUUGAGUCUGGGAUUUGAAUCAGCAACCUUUCGGUAACUGACCCAACGCUCUAACCGCUAGGCUACCUGCCGCCUAGUGGAAUGGUGGCAGUGCUGUGACUAUCCUGUGGCCCAACUCCAACACACGUUUCUACACGGUUGGAGAGAGCUGGGCUUUUUUCCACAGCGAAGUAAAUCUCCAAUCAACCUCCACAUUUCCCAUUCUCUACAUAUACUGUACUCCAUGUCUCUCUCUCUCUCUCUUUCUCCCUCUCGUCUCUGUGUGUGUGUGUCAGGGCUGGGGUAAUGGAGGAGAGUUGUUCCAUCUCUUUCUCUGUGGCUGGCUGUGCUAUCCAGCAGACCUGGGUUCAAAUACUUUAUCUGGGCUUGAUUGAGCGUGCCUGGAGCAAUGGAACCAAUAGAAUGGUCCCAAAACUCCAAACCCCUCCAACCUGGCACUCCAGGUGGGCUAAUGCAAAUGCUCAAAGUAUCUGAAAGAUUUCAAAUAGUAUUUGAACCCAGGUCUAGUGUGAGGUGUUCAGAGCCAGACUCCAGGCCUAGCAGGGCAACAGAGCAGAGCAGUGGCACACACACAGAGCAGCAAGGACUAUUAAUCAGGCUCCUGGAGCAGGGAGAGAGGGUGGGGGCGAGGACCAGAGCUAUGAAAACACACACACACACAUUGGCCACGCAUUCAUCAUAAAGGCACAACACAUGAGAUGGAUUACUAUAAUGACCCAAUGUGUGUGUGAGCCCCCGCUCCAGAUGAGUACGCACAUGUCCCCACACACACGCACACACACAUUCGUUCAUGGGUUGGUUUUCUUCCUCAGCUGAAACAACAGAGUAGAUUGAUGAUUGCUGCACACUAGGCUUUCAUCCAGUCAACCAAAGGGUUGGCGACGCGCUGCAUGUCUCCAGUAAUUCAAAUAACUCGAUUCCAACGUCUCACCCCUAAAGAAAGCCUAAAACAGAGGUCCCCUUCACAACUAUCUAUAAGCAUCUAUGCAACAGCCCUGAGCAGUACAUGUCCCUAUGGGCCCUGGUCAAAAGUAGUGCACCAUAUAGGGAAUAGGGUGCCAUUUGGGACUCCAGACUAUAUUUCUGUGGAGGUGGAGGGAGCAUAUAGAGGGUGGGGGGUUUACCUAGUCUCUGAUCUGUGUCACACACAAAGAUUUAUACACUGAACAAAAAUGUGUAAAGUGUUGAAAUAAAAGAUCCCAGAAAUGUUCCAUACACACAAAAAGCUUAUUUCUCUAAAAUGUUGUGCCCGAAUUUGUUUACAUCCCUGUUAUAGUAAGCAUUUCUCAUUUGCCAAGAUAAUCUAUCCACCUGACAGGUGUGGCAUAUCAAGAAGCUGAUUAAACAGCUUGAUAAUUACACAGGCACACCUUGUGCUGGGGACAAUAAAAGGCCACUCUAAAAUGUGCAGUUUUGUCACACAGCGCAAUGCCACAUAUUUCUCAGGUUUUGAGGGAGCGUGCAAUUGGCAUGCUGACUGCAGGAAUGUCCACCAGAGGUGUUGCCAGAGAAUGUAAUGUUCAUUUCUCUACCAAAAGCUGCCUCCAACGUCGUUUUUGAGAAUUUGGCAGUACGUCCAACCGGCCUCACAACCACAGACCACUAUGGCAUUGUGUGGGCGAGCGGUUUGCUGAUGUCAACAUUGUGAACAGAGUGCUCCAUGGUGGCGGUGGGGUUAUGGUAUGGGCAGGCAUAAGCUAAGGACAAUGAACACAAAUGCAUUUUAUCGAUGACUAUUUGAAUGACGAGAUCCAGAGGCCCAUUGUCGUGCCAUUCAUCCGCCGCCAUCACCUCAUGUUUCCGCAUGAUAAUGCACGGCCCCAUGUCGUAAGGAUCUGUGAACAACUCCUGGAAGCUGAAAAUGUCCCAGUUCUUCCAUGGCCUGCAUACUCACCAGACAUGUCACCCAUUGAACAUGUUUGGGAUGCUCUGGAUUUACGUGUACAACAGCGUGUUCCAGUUCCCGCCAAUAUCCAGCAACUUCACACAGACAUUGAAGAGGAGUGGGAUAACAUUCCACAGGCCACAAUCAACAGCCUGAUCAACUCUAUGCGAAGGAGAGGCAAAUGGUGGUCACGCCAGAUACUGACUGGUUUUCUGAUCCACGCCCCUACUUUUUUUGACCAACGGAUGAAUAUCUGUAUUCCCAGUCAUGUGAAAUCCAUAGAUUAGGGCCUAAUUCAUUUAUUUCAAUUGACUGAUUUCCUUAUAUGAACUGUAACUCAGUAAAAUCUUUGAAAUUGUUGAAUGUUGCGUUUUAUAUUUUUGUUCAGUGUAUAUACAGUUGAAGUCGGAAGUUUACAUACACCUUAGACAAAUACAUUUAAACUCAGUUUUUCACAAUCCCUGACAUUUAAUCCUAGUUAGAAUUACCUGUCUUAGUUCAGUUAGGAUCACCUAUUUAUUUUAAGAAUGUGAAAUGUCAGGAUAAUAGUAGAGAAUUAUUUCUUUCAGCUUUUAUUUCUUUCAUCACAUUCCCAGUGGGUCAGAAGUUUACAUACACUCAAUUAGUAUUUGGUAGCAUUGCCUUUAAAUUGUUUAACUUUGGUCAAACAUUUCAGGUAGCCUUCCACAAGCUUCCCACAAUAUGUUGGGUGAAUUUUGGCCCAUUCCUCCUGACAGAGCUGGUGUAACUGAGUCAGGUUUGUAGGCCUCCUUGCUCGCACAUGCUUUUUCAGUUUUGCCCACACAUUUUCUAUAGGAUUGAGGUCAGGGCUUUGUGAUGGCCACUCCAAUACCUUGACUUUGUUGUCCUUAAGCCAUUUUGCCACAACUUUGGAAGUAUGCUUGGGAUCAUUGUCCAUUUGGAAGACCCAUUUGCGACCAAGCUUUAACUUCCUGACUGAUGUCUUGAUGUUGCUUCAAUAUAUCCACAUAAUCUUCCUUCCUCAUGAUGCCAUCUAUUUUGUGAAGUGCACCAGUCCCUCCUGCAGCAAAGCACCCCCACAGCAUGAUGCUGCCACCCCCGUGGUUCACGGUUGGGAUGGUGUUCUUCGGCUUGCAAGCGUCCCCCCUUUUCUUCCAAACAUAACGAUGGUCAUUAUGGCCAAACAGUUCUAUUUUUGUUUCAUCAGACCAGAGGACAUUUCUCCAAAAAGUUUGAUCUUUGUCCCCAUGUGCGGUUGCAAAACGUAGUCUGGCUUUUUUAUGGCGGUUUUGGAGCAGUAGCUUCUUCCUUGCUGAGCGGCCUUUCAGGUUAUGUCGAUAUAGGACUUGUAUUACUGUGGAUAUAGAUCCUUUUGUACCCGUUUCCUCCAGCAUCUUCACAAGGUCCUUUGCUGUUGUUCUGGGAUUGAUUUGCACUUUUCGCACCAAAGUACGUUCAUCUCUAGGAGACAGAACACGUCUCCUUCCUGAGCGGUAUGACGGCUGCGUGGUCCCAUGGUGUUUAUACUUGCGUACUAUUGUUUGUACAGAUGAACGUGGUACCUUCAGGCGUUUGGAAAUUGCUCCCAAGGAUGAACCAGACUUGUGGAGGUCUACAAUAUUUUCCUGAGAUCUUGGCUGAUUUCUUUAGAUUUUCCCAAGCUGUCAAGCAAAGAGGCACUGAGUUUGAAGGUAGGCCUUGAAAUACAUCCACAGGUACACCUCCAAUUGACUCAAAUGAUGUCAGUCAAUUAGCCUAUCAGAAGCUUCUAAAGCCAUGACAUCAUUUUCUGGAGUUUUCCAAGCUGUUUAAAGGCACAGUCAACUUAGUGUAUGUAAACUUCUGACCCACUGGAAUUGUGAUACAGUGAAUUAUAAGUGAAAUAAUCUGUCUGUAAACAAUUGUUGGAAAGAUUACUUGUGUCAUGCACAAAGUAGAUGUCCUAACCGACUUGCCAAAACUAUAGUUUGUUAACAAGAAAUUUGUGGAGUGGUUGAAAAACUAGUUUUAAUGACUCAAACCUGACGGGGGCGCUGUUUUGAAGCCACCGCGCCUCCAUCUUGGCACUCCCCCACCAUUGUAAAAAAUAUUUGUGAAUAUAUAGAAAUGCAUUUAUUAAUGUCUACCUUUUGUUUUUACCACAUUUAUUCUAUUACAGACACCUUAAUAGAUACUUUAAAAUUAUGUGUGAGCUAAACAUGAAAAUGAACAAAUAUAUUACAAUUUUCCUUACAGUAUAAUUUUUUACAAGUUCUAAUGUUACACUCCCCACUACAACAAAAAAUACUUAAAUACAUGUCAUUUUGUCCUUGAAACAUUCGGAAAUACUGUAGAAUUUCAUUAAUUCCUAUGGAGGACUGCACCUUCUGGGGAGUGCCAAUAUGGCCGACCAGUGGCUUCACAGCCUCUCAUUGACCAAUACAUAGAUAGCAUUAGCAAUCCAGGGUUUAAAUACAUCACUGGUCACACCCCGUGUUCCCCAGGGGGAUUCUGGAAUUAACAUGACUCUACAGAGGAGCUGACGCUGCCAGAUAAUUUCCAUAUACACCGAGUGUACAAAACAUACUGACCAGGUGAAUCCAGGUGAAAGCUAUGAUCCCUUAUUGAUGUCACUUGUUAAAUCCACUUCAAUCAGUGUAGAUGAAGGGGAGGAGACAGGUUAAAGAAGGAUUUUUAAGCCUUGAGACAAUUGAGACAUGGAUUGUGUAUGUGUGCCGUUCAGACAAAAUAUUUAAGUGCCUUUGAACGGGGUAUAGUAGUAUGUGCCAGGCGCACCGGUUUGAACUGCCCACGCUGCUGGCUUUUUCACGCUCAACAGUUUCUGACUGGCAGCCAGGGCUUAGGCCUACCCUCUCCCUCUCCUAUACUCUCAUCCCCCUCUUCUGUUCUUUUAGCUUCUUCUCUCUUCUGUUCUCUCCCUCCACUUUCCUCCCUACCUGCCCCCCUCUCCCUUCGCUUUCUCUCAUCCUCUUCUCCUGUGAACAGAGCUCGUUAUAGGGGCAGACCAAGAAUAACUCCAGGAAGAGCCAAAAUGGCAGCUCUCCCUCCAAAGCCACGGCCGAGAUAAUGUAUUUUUGGAAGUCUCACAUGACAAAAGCGUUUGUGAAAUACACUAUGACAGAUUGUGAAAGUAACCGGUCUGGCUGAAGUAGAGAACAUCAGGUGGAACAGAGGAACAUGAGGCAAUGCUCUGUUCACAUCACAUAGCUUAUAUCCCAAAUAGCAUCCUAUUCCCUCUGUAGUGCACUACUUUUGACCAGGGCCCCUGCUUUUGAAAGUAUUAACAUGGAUAGGUGAAUGAAGUGUCCGUGAAUCGAGCUGAUGAUUCUCAGUCCUGAUGAGUUACUGUAUUUCUCUGUCUCUAGGUAACUACCCCAGACCCCCGAACUACGGCGGGGCUCCCAGUGCCAACUACAGCGGCCCAGGCCCUGGCAUGAGCAACAGUUUGGGCAUGAAUGCCAGCAGCCCCAUGCAUGGCCAGGGCCCCGGACAGCCCUGUGGCUCCAUGCCCGCCGGGCGAGGCUUGGGUCUGGUGGCCAGCGGGCGCCCCUACCCCUGUGCCACCACCAACACCAUGGCCCCCACCUCUCCCAGCAUGCCGCAGCCUGCCGGACAGGGUCAGGGCAUGAGACCGCCCCUGCCCAACAUUAAUCGCAAGCCGGGCCACGAGGCAGGACCCGGCCCCAACACCAUGCAGGGUCCAAACGCUGGUCCCAACCCCUCUGCCCAGGGCCGGUGAGUCAGGACAGGGGCCAGGGAGGGAGGGCCACAGAAGGGUUAUACAUGCAUAUAGGAUGCGUCCCAAAUUACACCCUACCCCCUAUAUAGUGCACUAUUUUUUUUUUUUACCAUGGCCCAUAUGGCUCUGGUCAAAUGUAGUGUACUACGUAGGGGAUAUUGUGCCAUUUGGGAUGCAACCAAGGGCUAUACUUACACAUAAGUUCACAUUCACUCCUCCACACCCCGCAUCCACCCAUCUUUCACACACCAAGGUUAUGAGGUGUGUACUAAACAACGCUACAGACUUUUUCCUCAUGUCUCUGUAUGACUUUGGAAACCAAAGAGACUUCUUCUCCUUCCGUCCCUCAUUCCAGGCCUCCCUACAUGCGCUCCCCUGCCUACCCCAGCCAGUCUUGGCCUGGGGCGCGUCCUCCCCUCUCUCCCUCCCCCCAUCCCCACCCACAAACCUCCCCACACCCUCAACCCCAUCCCCAACACAGCCCCCAUCCUCACCUUCAACCCCAUCCCCAUUAUCACCCCCAAACCUCCCCACACACCCAUCCCCAACACAGCCCCCAUCCUCAUCCCCAACACAGCCCCCAUCCUCAUCCCCAACACAGCCCCCAUCCUCAUCCCCAACACAGCCCCCAUCCUCAUCCCCACUCUCACCCUCAACCCCAUCCACACCCUCACCCUCAACCCCAUCCUCACCCUCAACCCCAUCACUUUCCCUCCUCUCCCUCUAACCACCCCCCAGCCCCAUCAUCAGCCCCCUCACCCCCAUCCCCAUCAUCACCCCCAAACCUCCCCACACCCCCAUCCCCGACCCCAUCACCCUCCCCACUCUCCUUCCCACCACCCCCAGGUCAGCAGUGCAAAGAGACAUAUCCAUCCCAUGAUGCAGCAGGCUGAGCAGUACGGGUAGGUGUCAGUGUCACGGCUGCAGUCUGUAAUACAGACUCUGCAUGGUGCUGUCCACUGGUCACAGCACUAACCUAACCCUGGGCUGCUCUGGAGACACUCUCCCCCAGUCACUCAGACAGACUAACCCUGGGCUCCACCGAGGCUCUACUGCACAGGAGUCCCAAUCCUCGACUGUGGGCUGUGAUACUGACCUGGCCACUGUGGCCAGUAAACACGGGCAUGUUUUAUCUCCUGCUACUGCAUGGCUUUGUCAGAGACCAGCGGAUGUGUACAAUAAUCUAUUUGUAUGUCUUGCACCUUCGAAGAAAUCCCUUGACAAAUCAGAGAAAAAGUCAAGCAAUAUUAUGAACCUGCAAAGUCAAAAAUGAACAAUGCUGAUUUAGAAAUUCAGAACUUGUUUGAAAUAAAACAUGGGCAACGCAAAAGGAUUGGAUAUACUAUUAGUGAGACUGUCAGUGUUCUCUCUAAGCUGCGUGCGGGCUCGCAGCUCCCCCGGGACUGCCACACAGAAGAAAUAUCAGCCCGCGCAGAGAAGCACGAGAUUCAACUUCGCUCAACUUUCUAGAGUUUUCCCCCUUAGUUAACACUAUCAACGUUUCCCUUUACUGUGGGAAUUGGGAUCGAAUCAAUGCAAUAUUAGCCACUUUCAAUGAAACAAAACGAACUAUGCAAGAGAUUUUGUUGUAGGCAGAACGCAUCGGAGUAGGAUUCUAUUGCAUUGACAGGCACCACUCAGCCCCUACUCUACACAGACCGGUGCGGCAUAACCAAUCAGAGCUGCAUUAGGCCUAUAUGUAAAUAGACCAUUGCCAUAUAUGGAUCUGUGCCAUUCACUUUGGACUGGACUGUGUUUACAGUAUGAGCAGUCGUGAGUAGAUGCACUUGUUUUGAGAUCAAAGCGAGAGCUGAAUGUAGCCACGUGUGCACAUUUGUUCAUAUCCUUUGCUAGUUAGUGAGUUAUUAGCCCAGUUAUAUAUAAAUUGUAGUCAGCAAUGGGGGAGUGAUUGCUUCCAAAAGAGCACAAAAUGUGUACAUUUCUAGACAUCUUUGAAAAGCCAGUCAGGUAAAGAGCUUUUUUUGUCUUAAAGGGGCAGUGUUUUGAGACAGGUGUGAAAAAUCUAAGUAGCCAAUAGGCAGAGGGUAGGAACAUUUGUCUGAUUCUCUGUAAUAAUGGUAAAGUGGUUUCUUGCAUCAAACAACACAACAUUUUCAGUCACCUCGUUGUCUGAAGGACAAGUUGAUCAACGGGUUAAUGUCAAGCCCUGCAUGUUUUUUUCAAAAGUCUUAUGGAAUGUAGGCCUACAUUGAACACCACACAUUGGCUGCUACUGUAGACUGAAUGAUAGAACAUCUAUUUCCAUGUUAAAAUGUUAUGGGAUGCAUUCCAUUGUUUUUGAUGGUAGGCCACUCUGGUAGGCCUGCGUUAUCAAAUAGCCACAGUAGCCUACUUGACCACUGUCUGAAACUGUAACUUAAAGCGGGUACAGCCUCAGUGUUCACAGUAAACGCGUGCUGGAAGUUGCACAGAAUUUUCACAAUGUUCAAGUUUGCGCUCAGGAGACCUGAAAUUUGCUCAGUGCCUAAAAAAUGAGGGGGAACAUUCCUGUCAGACAGAGCGAGAGAGGGAAGGUAAGUCCAAUCCCCUGUAGCAUUGAUUGGAUUGUUAGCUACAUUAGUUUAGUAUUGAUUUAAUUGGUAAUCUAGAUUGUCUCAUUAUUAGCCUCAGUGAGUUACAGUGGGUUGGCGGGGGAUGGAUGUUGGUAUGGUGGUGGGAGACAAUGGUUGUAUCCCAAAUAGCACCCUGUUCUCUACAUAGUGCACCAUGUUUACUAGAGCAUUUUGGGCCCUGGUCAAAAGUAGUGCACUAUAUAGGGAAUAUGAUGCUAUUUGGGACCCCAAUAAUGGUAAACUGGUUGGGUAUGGAAGUGUUACUCCAAUAGAGGUCAGGGACAUGUUACUCAUUUAAUUUCCCCUCAAAGGGAAAUGAAGAGGGAAGAAUCAAGGUGUGUGCUGUCUGUUUGGGUACGUCCCAAUAAUCUUUCCUUUCUCCUGAAGUGUGCACUCAUUCACUACUUCCCACACAUUUUAAAAGCAUUGGAUUGGUGGAGGCAUGAGCUAGAGAGAGUUUUCCACCAUAUUUCUUAUAACAGCCAUUUCCUUUAAAAUAAGUUAAAGGAAGUGAACGAGUGCACACUUUGGGAGGAAGAAGACAUAAUUAGGAUGCACCCUCUGUGUGUCGCUCAGCACCCAGGGAGCCUGAUGGUGGGUGGGAAAAGAGCAGUAAAUAAAUGGUGUUUCUUCUUCUCACUGCUCCCCAGCCUUUUGAUGUGGAUAUUAUUUCCCCCAGGAUUUAAUGUUGUAGAUGUUUCUUCUCUCUCCUUCUGUUUUAACAGCGUGUUACCUUUGUGUCGUUGAGAAAAGCUGCUGUUGCACUGCUUUUGAUUACCAACAUGCAUUAUUCAUAUUGUCUCUUGCUCACAACUAAAAUACCUCCAUCUACCUAUGUGUCUGUCUGUCCAUCUGUCCGUCAGUUCAACUUGAAAGUACUGUAUAACAGAGGUGGCUGACUCAUAGUAAUGGCUGAACCGGAAUGAAUAUGGUUUCCCUGUGUUUGAUACGGUUCCAUUCAUUCCAUUCCAGUCAAAACUGUGAGCUGUCCUCCCCUCACUAGCCUCCACUGAUAGUUUAAUGUACAGUCGUGGUCAAAAGUUUUGAGAAUGACAUAAGUAUUGGUCUUCACAAAGUUUGCUGCUUCAGUGUUUUUAGAUAUUUUUGUCAGAUGUUACUAUGGUAUACUGAAGUAUCAUUACAAGCAUUCCGUAAGUGUCAAAGGCUUUUAUUGACAAUUACAUUAAGUUUAUGCAAAGAGUCAAUAUUUGCAGUGUUGACCCUUCUUUUUCAAGACUUCUGCAAUCCGCCCUGGCAUGCUGUCAAUUAACUUCUGGGCCACAUCCUGACUGAUGGCAACCCAUUCUUGCAUAAUCAAUACUUGGAGUUUGUCAGAAUUUGUGGGUUUUUUUUUGUCCACCCGCCUCUUGAGGAUUGACCACAAGUUCUCAAUGGGAUUAAGGUCUGGGGAGUUUCCUGGCUAUGGACCCAAAAUGGCGAUGUUCUGUUCCCCGAGCCACUUAGUUAUCACUUUUGCCUUAUGGCAAGAUGCUCCAUCAUGCUGGAAAAGGCAUUGGUCGUCACCAAACUGUUCUUGGAUGGUUGGGAGAAGUUGCUCUCGGAGGAUGUGUUGGUACCAUUCUUUAUUCAUGGCUGUGUUCUUAGGCAAAAUUGUGAGUGAGCCCACUCCCUUGGCUGAGAAGCAACCCCACCCAUGAAUGGUCUCAGGAUGCUUUACUGUUGGCAUGACACAGGACUGAUGGUAGCGCUCACCUUGUCUUCUCCGGACAAGGUGUUUUCCGGAUGCCCCAAACAAUCGGAAAGAAAAUGACUUUACCCCAGUCCUCAGCAGUCCAAUCCCUGUACCUUUUGCAGAAUAUCAGUCUGUCCCUGAUGUUUUUCCUAGAGAGAAGUGGCAUCCUCGCUGCUCUUCUUGACACGAGGCCAUCCUCCAAAAGUCUUCGCCUCACUGUGCAUGCAGAUGCACUCACACCUGCCUGCUGCCAUUCCUGAGCAAGCUCUGCACUGGUGGUGCCCCGAUCCCACAGCUGAAUCAACUUUAGGAGACGGUCCUGGCGCUUGCUGGACUUUCUUGGGCGCCCUGAAGCCUUCACAACAAUUGUACCUCUCUCCUUGAAGUUCUUGAUGAUCCGAUAAAUGGUUGAUUUAGGUGCAAUCUUACUAGCAGAAAUAUCCUUGCCUGUGAAGCCAUUUUUGUGCAAAGCAAUGAUGACGGCACGUGUUUCCUUGCAGGUAACCAUGGUUAACAGAGGAAGAACAAUGAUUUCAAGCACCACCCUCCUUUUAAAGCUUCCAGUCUGUUAUUCUAACUCAAUCAGCAUGACAGAGUGAUCUCCAGCCUUGUCCUCGUCCACAGUCUCACCUGUGUUAACGAGAGAAUCACUGACAUGAUGUCAGCUGGUCCUUUUGUGGCAGGGCUGAAAUGCAGUGGAAAUGUUUUUUGGGGAUAAUGUUCAUUUUCAUGGCAAAGAGGGACUUUGCAAUUAAUUGCAAUUCAUCUGAUCACUUUUCAUAACAUUCUGGAGUAUAUGCAAAUUGCCAUCAUAAAAACUGAGGCAGCAGACUUAGAAAAUUAAUAUUUGUGUAAUUCUCAAAACUUUUGACCACGACUGUACGGUAUGAAUAUAAUGCCUUUGGUAAUAAUGUUAUGUAUUAAGGUGAUGAUAAAUGACUAAUCUAAACUCUUGCUCUGUGGUUUUCAGGCAGGGAAUGACCCCCAUGCCCCACCACCACCCAGGCAUGAACCCAAUGGGCCCCAGCCCUGGAGGCCUCUACAGCCAGCAGCCAGGGGCCAACACCGCUGGAAGGAUGACCCCACAGGGGCCCCACCCGCUCUUCAACGCACCCCCACCCUCAGGUAUGCCACACUCGGUGACAUACACUCUGACAAAGCAGCUAACUAAAAGCCUGUUCCCAGAUCUGUUUGUGUUGUGUAGCCAACUCAUAUGGUCACAUGGUCAUAUAAGUUGGCUACACUACACAAACAGAUCUGGGAACAGGCUAGCUAACUAGCCCAAUGUCCAAUAUCUCUGUACAUGUCUACCAGACAGACACAAGAGACUAACCCCCUUUCCCCUCUCCACAGGGCCCAUGCAGAUGGGAGGAGAGGGGAUGGUGGGUCCCCCUGACCCCAAACAGAAACCUCCAGAGCAGCACAGGGAGGGCAACACUCCUGCCCCUGCCGUCGAACCACCACCUAAACCCAAGGUACGAGCUACCGCUCUAACAGAGGCAGCUGCUUUCCCUCUCCGUCUCUUUUAUACAUACACAUUUCCUGCCAGUACCUCUCAAAGCAUGUCCUAAUAAUGCAUGUGUUUGGAUGAGGAACCUGAAUGUGGCAAAGCGCAUCAAACACAGCAUCUAACGAGGCAGCAGACAAAAAGGAACACAGAGAAUUGAGAAAAACAUUAUGGAGUCGUUGUAAGGAUUUUCUAAAGGAAGAAGCACUGAGAUCGGAUCGGUAUCGCUAUCAUAGCCUCCUUCUAUACCUACUGGGAGAGUGGAUUCCAAAAUAAAUGCUCCUUUAUAGCAGUGCCAUUUCGUAUUAAAAAGGCUUUUCGUACUCUCUUUCAGCAUAUUGUUCAUCAUUAUUACCCCACUCAUGACUGUAUGAGUGAGUCUGUCUUUUUGACUGAUUUGGAUGUGUGACACAGACAGGCAUACCAAAAUAACCUGUCUCCAGCCGACUGCAAAGAACUUGUUACUGUUCACAAUGCUCUCUCAUGAGUUCCUUUUUCUCUUGUCAGAGCUUCUUUUGGGGUUUUCAGUUUUUCGUUUCGCCCCCCCCUCCCUCCCUCAUUUCAAAUUCCCCUCUCGAUGGCUUAGCUUGGUAUUUGUACUCCUCUUCUUAAUUCCAGACAGAGUUGUGUGAAUGUGAACAACUUUUCUCCCUCCGCGUUCAUUUGAGUCUGUUCGCCUCAUUACCGGCUGGUGAGAAAGGCCUCUUGAUCACAAACUGAAGACGUCUGCCAGCCCAACUUGUCUGAGAGGAACUUCUGUUAUUUCUGUUCUGUCUCAAUCUAGUUAAUGAUCACUCCUCCUAUAUUUGCCUGGCUUUGUGAGUUUCUGCUGUCAGGGCAAAGACUGCAGCAGGAGCUAGCAUGGCUUCAUGUUUCGACUCGUGAGAACAUAAGAGUACUAUUAAUAAUGGCUGUGGCCUUUGGUGCUAAAGCUCCUUGCCUCCUUCUGUUUGGCUGCCUGCCUGCCCUAGAAUGCCGUUGCUCUAUCUGUCUGUAUGGCGCCUCUCGCCGUGUAGUUUCCACUGUGUGGUUUUCCAAUUGUGUUUGAAUAUUGUGAAGCCAGUCAAACCUGCCUGAAAGACUCCAGGGGAGGCUCUCUGUCCAGAGCCAUGCCAAGUGUAUGUGACUGAGAGAAGGCCUUCAGGGAGAGAAAGGGGGGGGGAACGCAGACAGAGAGAGGCAGGCGAAAGGUUGCAUACAGGUUCAGAUUUCCCUGUACGGUAGACACACAAACACACACGUGUAUGCACUGGCUGCUGAGUGCUCACUCACAGGAUGUCUUUGAGGAAAGGUUUUGCUGUUGGUAUGCUUUCUGCAUGUGUUUGACGGUGUGUUUGUGAGAAAGUGUGGGAGACCGUAAAGGAUAAAGAAAGCCAGACUGACAUCUCUCAUCACGUGGCUCUGUUGUGUGCGUGCGGUGUGUGUUUUGCGCAUGUGUGUGUGUGUGUGCGUGUGCGUUUUGGUUUUUGUCCUAUCUAUUCCCCGUCGCAGGACCGCUACAGCUCCUCUCAGUGUAUGUCCAAGCCCCCCACCCCAUGUCCCCUGUCCCCCAGCCCUGCUAGUCUGUCCUCCUGUCACGGGGUGGAGGACAGCAGCGAUAUCAUUAGCAGCCACCCCGCUGGCGCUGGGGCCUGGCCAAAGACCCCCACCAGCCCUGUAAGUGCCACAAGCACUUUUAUUUGUUUUAUUGGUUAUUUAUUUCGUUUUCUUUCCCAACAGCUUGUCGUUUUUAAUAGAUUUUUUUUGUAUCUGUGUUUUUUGACAUUGUGCCUGAAAUGUGAUUGUGGUGGUGAUGUUAUUUGUGACCGAGACUUUCUUAUUAAGACUUGUAUGCAAUUGGAGCUGGACAAAGGAUUUCAUUCUAACACACUCUUUCCUCCUAUCUCUUUCCCAUACGAUGCUGGUUACCUGGCAGUCCUGCUGUCCCACAAUAUCUCAAAUGCUUCUCUUAUCACAUGAAAAGCUCUAGUUUGUAUUGCUUAUUAUUGUUCAGAUGAUUGAUUGUGUUAAUGAGAAAGUCUGCCAAUCCUGUGAGUGUACCUGUGUCACAUGGGGUAGGUAGAACUACUUUUCCCAUGAUGCUCUGUUUCUGUUGACUGCUGUGGGACCUACCUGGCUGUAUAGCUGCCAUUCAACUGGGCUUGAAUGGAAUAUACAACAACAAAUAAGUAUAAUAAUGUAAACAUGUAUGUUGAUCACAUUUGUCUGUAUGAAAGUGUCCAUAACCAAUGACAACAGUGGUAGCCCUGACUGACCCCCCCCCCCCUACUCUAUGCCCUGCCCCUUUAGAAGCCCAGUCCGGCCACCAUGACCAAUGAGAAGAUCCGCAUCCUGUAUGAGAUGGGCGGGGAGCCCGAGAGGAGAAUGUGGGUGGACCGCUACCUUGCCUUCAUGGAGGAGAGGGGCACGCCCGUACCCAUGCUGCCUGCCGUGGGCAAGAAGCCCCUGGACCUAUGCCGCCUCUACCUGUCUGUCCGAGAGAUAGGAGGCUUGGCUAUGGUGAGUCUAAGUGGCUUCCCCUAGGUACAGAUCUAGGAUCAGCUUCCCCUCCCCCAAUCUGAACCAUUAGUGGGGAAAAUGCUGGUUGGUCACAGAAGGAAUGAUAGGCUGGAGACUUGAAACAGUAGGCAGUAGGUUUAGCAAGUGUGCAUCUACACGUCCUAAAAUUGGCUUAUUUCCAUCAGACAGCACCCUAUGUCACAGAUCGCUAUUUAGUAGGGGGAAAAAAUAUGUAUAUAUACACUAACGGUCAAAAGUUGUAGAACACCACCUCAUUCAAGUAAUUUUUUUUUGGGGGGGGGGACUUUUUUCUACAUUGUAGAAUAAUAGUGAAGACAUCAAAACUAUGAAAUAACACAUGUAAUCAUGUAAACUCUGCAAAAAAAGAAACAUCCCUUUUCAGGAACCUGUCUUUCAAAGAUAAUUCGUAGAAAUCCAAAUAACUUCACAGAUCUUCAUUGUAAAGACUUUAAACACAGUUUCCCAUGCUUGUUCAAUGAACCAAUAACAAUUAAUGAACACGCACCUGUGGAACGGUCGUUAAGACACUAACAGCUUACAGACGGUAGGUAAUUAAAUCAUACUUAUGAAAACUUAGUACACUAAAGAGGCCUUUCUACUGACUCUGAAAAACACAAAAAUAAAGAUGCCCAGGGUCCCUGCUCACCUGCGUGAACGUGCCUUAGGCAUGCUGCAAGGAGGCAUGAGGACCGCAGAUGUGGCCAGGUCAAUAAAUUGCAAUGUCCGUACUGUGAGACGCCUAAGACAGCGCUAUAGGGAGACAGGAUUGACAGCUGAUCGUCCUCGCAGUGGCAGACCACGUGUAACAACACCUGCACAGGAUUGGUACAUCUGAACAUCACACCUGCGGGACAGGUACAGGAUGGCAAAACAACUGCCCGAGUUACACCAGGAACGCACAAUCCCUCCAUCAGUGCUCAGACUGUCCACAAUCGGCUGAGAGAGGCUGGACUGAGGGCUUGUAGACCUGUUGUAAGGCAGGUCCUCACCAGACAUCACCGGCAACAACGUUACCUAUGGGCACAAACCCACCAUCGCUGGACCAGACAGGACUGGCAAAAAGUGCUCUUCACUGACAAGUCGCGGUUUUGUCUCACCAGGGUUGAUGGUCGGAUUUGCGUUUAUAGUUGAAGGAAUGAGCGUUACACCGAGGCCUGUACUCUGGAGCGGGAUCGAGGUGGAGGGUCCGUCUGGGGCGGUGUGUCACAGCAUCAUCGGACUGAGCUUGUUGUCAUUGCAGGCAAUCUCAACGCUGUGCAUUACAGGGAAGACAUUCUCCUCCCUCAUGUGGUACCCUUCCUGCAGGCUCAUCCUGACAUGACCCUCCAGCAUGAUAAUGCCACCAGCCAUACUGCUCAUUCUGUGCGUGAUUUCCUGCAAGACAGGAAUGUCAGUGUUCUGCCAUGGCCAGCGAAGAGCCCGGAUCUCAAUCCCAUUGAGCACGUCUGGGACCUGUUGGAUCGGAGGGUGAGGGCUAGGGCCAUUCCCCCCCAGAAAUGUCCGGGAACUUGCAGGUGCCUUGGUGGAAGAGUGGGGUAACAUCUCACAGCAAGAACUGGCAAAUCUGGUGCAGUCCAUGAGGAGAUGCACUGCAGUAUUUAAUGCAGCUGGUGGCCACACCAGAUACUGACCCCCCCCCCGCCUUUGUUCAGGGACACAUUAUUCAAUUUCUGUAAGUCACAUGUCUGUGGAACUUGUUCAGUUUAUGUCUCAGUUGUUGAAUCUUAUGUUCAUACAAAUAUUUACACAUGUUAAGUUUGCUGAAAAUAAACGCAGUUGACAGUGAGAGGUUUCUUUUUUUUGCUGAGUUUAGUAACCGAAGUGUUAAACAAAUCAAAAUAUAUUUUAUAUUUGAGAUUCUUCAAAUAGCCACCCUUUGCCUUGAUGACAGCUUUGCACACUCUUGGCAUUCUCUCAACCAGUUUCACCUGGAAUGCUUUUCCAACAGUCUUGAAGGAGUUCCCACAUAUGCUGAGCACUUGUUGGCUGCUUUUCCUUCACUCUGCGGUCCAACUCAUCCCAAACCAUCUCAAUUUGGUUGAGGUCGGGGGAUUUUGGAGGCCAGGUUAUCUGAUGCAGCACUCCAUCACUCUCCUUCUUGGUAAAAUAGCCCUUACACAGCCUUGAGGUGUGUUGGGUCAUGUGUGUUGGGUCAUUGUCCUGUUGAAAAUGAAAUGAUAGUCCCACUAAACACAAACCAGAUGGGAUGGCGUAUCGCUGCAGAAUGCUGUGGUAGCCAUGCUGGUUAAGUGUGCCUUGAAUUCUAAAUAAAUCACAGACAGUGUCAACAGCAAAGCACCACCACACCAUAACACCUCCUCAUCCAUGCUUUAUGGUGGGAAAUACACAUGCGGAGAUCAUCCGCUCACCCACACCGAGUCCCACAAAGAUUGGACCAAAGGACACAUUUCCACCGGUCUAAUGUCCAUUGCUUGUGUUUCUUGGCCCAAGCAAGUCUCUUCUUCUUAUUGGUGUCCUUUAGUAGUGAUUUCUUUACAGCAAAUCGACCAUGAAGGCCUGAUUCACACAGUAUCCUCUGAACUGUUGAUGUUGAGAUGUGUCUGUUACUUGAACUCUGUGAAGCAUUUAUUUGAGCUGCAAUUUCUGAGGCUGGUAUCUCUAAUGAACUUAUCCUCUGCAGCAGAGGUAACUCUGGGUCUUCCAUUCCUGUGGCAGUACUCAUGAGAGCCAGUUUCAUCAUAGCGCUUGAUUGUUUUUGUGUCUGCACUUAAAGAAACGUUCAAAGUUCUUGACAUUUUCCGUAUUGUCUGACCUUCAUGGACUGUCAUUUCUCUUUGCUUAUUUGAGCUGCCAUAAUAUGGAUUUUGUGAGCUAUCUUUUACCCCCCCCACCUUGUCACAACACAACUGAUUGGCUCAAACGCAUUAAGGAAAGAAAUUCCACAAAUUAACUUUUAAGAAAGCACAGCUGUUAAUUGAAAUGCAUUCCAGGUGACUACCUCAUGAAGCUGGUUGAGAGAAUGCAAAGCUGUCAUCAAAGCAAAGGGUGGCUAUUUGAAGAAUCUCAAAUCUCAAAUAUAUUUUUAUUUGUUUAACACUUCUUUGGUUACUACAUAAUUCCAUAUGUGUUAUUUCAUAGUUUUGAAGUCUUCACUAUUAUUUUACAAUGUAGAAAAUAGUAAAAAAAAAAAAAAAACCUUGAAUGAGUAGGUCUGUCCAAACCUUUGACUGGUACUGUGUGUAUAUAUAUAUAUAUAUAUGCACAUCCAAUUGUCAGCCUCUUGAAAUGUAGGCCUAUCCUCUAACAAAAUAACUAAGGCAAAAAAUAGACUGACCAAAUCCUGGUGUGCAUUGAUUUAAUAUUUUGUUUGCACUACAGCCCUUGCCGCCCGUCCUUCCUAGUGUUGUGCUACCCUGGUUCGAAAUCUAGGCCUAUCCUCUUAACAACAUAACCAAGUCAAGAAAUAUACCCUGGUCCCUGACCCAAUCCUGGUACGCCUGAUCCUACUACUUCUCUCCACUACGGCCUAUGCCGCCCAUCCAUCCUAGUGCUACCAGAUCAUAUACGCUUUCAUACCCAGCUCUGGUUGUUCAGUCUCCUGUUGGCCAUGUGCCCCCCCCCCCCCCCCACCCCCCUCCCUCUACAGGUGAACAAGAGCAAGAAGUGGAGGGAGCUGUCCACCCACCUCAACGUGGGCACAUCCAGCAGCUCCGCCAGCUCUCUGAAGAAGCAGUACAUCCAUUACCUGUUUGCCUUCGAGUGUAAAGUGGAGCGGGGAGAGGAGCCGCCACUGGAGAUACCAGGAGAAACCAAGAAACAGGCCCAGGCGCACCAGGCUAGGAUCCAGCCGCCCUCACCAGGUGAGUAGAGCAAUGGAGAAAUGUACACUACCGGUCAAAAGUUUUAGAACACCCCCAUUUUUCCAGUUUUUAUUGAAAUGUAAGCAGUUCAAGGCCAGUGAAUAACCUGAAAUGGUAUAAAAGUAAGCGGUAAACUGCCAGAGGUUAAAAAAAUAAAAUAAAAGUUUAGGUUACCAAAAACAUAUACAAACUGUACAUUUCAGAGUUAUAAAAAAAUGCCUUUUUCAGGGAACAAGUAUUGGGUUAACAACUUACAGCUGUUCUGCAGCAAUGGAAGUAAAUUAAGCCUUGAAAGCUGAUGCUAACAAUUCCUACAGGUGUCCCAACUUUUGUUGAUUACUUACAAACCCUCUGUCUGUAUAAAAGCAGUGUUGGAACACACUGUGUUACUACACCAUCUUAAGCAAUAUUUGGACAGUAUUGUACUGCAGAAAGUAGUAUAUUGCUAUUAUAAUGGCGAGGAAAAAGGCAAUUAACAAAGGAAGACAAGACUGACCAUUAUAACUAGGGGUGUAACGAUUCGUUUUAACAACGAUUCGAUUUGUAUCACGAUUCGUGGUUGUCGAUACGAUUCAAGGACGAUAUUGGUUCAUUUAGAACGAUACGAUCCGAAACGAUUCAGUGACUUGAAAUCGAUUCAGUAACCUUUAAGCCAAAAAUUCAACCAGUGUGACUGAAAUAAAUACCUGGAUACUGGACAGUGCAGGUGAAGUUUCCUAGAUUCCUGUUUCUUGUAAGGACCGCAAUGGUGGCUUGAUAAUUUCUCGCUCGUCGGCUUCUCCUCUGUCGUCCGCCAUGCUAUGUUUUGUUGUCUUUGUGCUGCUGCUGGCGCGGGGCGAUGACGUCACGGAUAGGCAGACUGAAUCGAGUAAUGUUUAAAGCCUUUAUCAUUAAAAGUGCUAAGAAAAAACAUCCAUAUAAAGUCUGACGUGCUUAAAUCCAAUGGGUUAUUUCCUAGUAUCAAUACAAUCGAUUUAUUACAUUUUAAAACGAUGUUAGAUUGAUAUAUGUUGUCCAAAAGGCCAACUCGCCGAGCACAGAUCGAUGUAGUUGGAUCAUUGGAAUAUAAAUCGAUACAUCGAUGUAGUAGAUGGAUCGUUACACCCCUAAUUAUAACCCUUAAAAGUGUAGGUCUUUCCUUUAGAGAAAUUGCAAAGAAAGCCAAGGUGUCAGUGAGUACAGUUUCAUACACUGUCAAAAGGCACUUGGAAACUGGAGGAAACUCUGACAGGAAGAGGUCUGGCAGACCCAAAGCCACAACAGAAUCAGAAGGCACAUUUCUGAGAGUCAACAGCUUGCGUGAUAGGCAGCUCAUAGGACAACAGCUUCAAGCACAGCUUAACACUGGUCGAAGUAAGCAAGUCUCAGUUUCAACUGUGGAGAGAAGACUUCGAGCUGCAGGUUUGACAGGUCAAUUGGCAGUAAGAAAGCCAUUGCUAAGAUGGAAAAAUAAGAAAGAGGCUUGCCUGGGCCAUGAAACACCGCCAGUGGACUACUGAAGACUGGAAGAAGGUCUUAUGGACCGAUUAAUACAAAUGUGAAAUCUUUGGUUCAUCACGCAGGGUUUUUGUACGCCUUCGAGUAGGCGAAAGGAUGGUUCCUCAAUGUGUGACACCAACUGUCAAACAUGAAGGAGGAAGCGUGAUGGUCUGGGGCUCUUUUGCUUGAUCCAGAGUCAGAGACUUGCACAGAAUGAGUGGCACCCUGAACCAAAACGGCUACCACAGCAUUUUGUAGCGCAUUGCAAUACCCUCUGGUGUACGCAUGGUUGGUCAGGGGUUCAUCCAACAGCAAGAUAAUGACCCAAAACAUACCUCCAGGCUAUGUCAGAACCACCUUAGAAGAAAAGAACAAGACUGUAGGCUUCAAAUCAUGGAAUGGCCAGCACAGUCUCCAGACUUAAACCCCAUCAAGCUGGUUUGGGAUGAACUGAGCAGAAGGGUGAAAGCAAAGCAACCUACAAGUGCAACACAUUUGUGGGAACUUCUGCAACAGUGUUGGGAAGAACUUUCCGAACAAUAUUUGAUUUCCAUUGUAGAAGAAUGCCACGAGUGUGUUCGGCUGUUAUGUCUGCAAAAGGUGGCUACUUUGAGUCAAAAAUGUAGAUUACAUUUUGUUAAACAAAACGAUUCAAGGAUUUAUUUUUUGUCUCCAAUUGUUUAUUUGUUCUAUGCUUUAAUUUUAGGGUACAUUAAGACAUUAAACUGUGUGAAUUUCAAUAAAAACUGGAAAAAUUGAGGUCUUCUAAAAGUUUUCACCAAUAGUGUAUAUCAUGCUGUAAAUCUAUUUAGAUCAGUAAAGCACUGGGCGUUGUCCAGGAGGUGUACUUGAAAUGCACAUCAAGCUGCCUCACGCUACAGAAACAGGAGAUAGGCUCAUGCCCUAUGGGCCAUUCUGGCUUGGACAAGGCUUACUUACUGGGAACUGUAGCCCUAUCACUGUGCUGUGACCUGUUGCUUGUGACACAUAGACGGGUUGGCUGACAACGUCACGAAAAUGAUGUGUGCGCAUCGAUGUGGCCGGAAGGCCGUGCAGUGUUAUGCUUCUGAACGGCCAGAUAGCUAGCAACAAUGACAAGAAGCUGCCAUGUGGGGAAUCGAAGGUGGCUCUUUUCAGCAAGUUUUAUCUUGCUCUUGAUACCAUGUCUUGUUUUGAGGUGUUUUGACUGAUGUCAAUGCUAAUACGGCUAAAAUGUUUAGUUAGCUGACCAACAACUGUAACGAUGUAUUUGAGAGACAACAAGUGCUCAUGGUGCAAAUGUAUUUAUAUUUUCAAUAAACGUUUGGAGACUAAAUAUAGUUUACAUGUUGUCAACAGUCUAAGCCAACCCUGUCUGUUUUUCCCGAUAGUUGCUCACGUGUCAGUUUUGUUGCUAAACAACCAACCCAUCUAUACAGUACAAUACAGAUCUGUAAUAACGCAUUCAUCUGCUAUUCUAUGUCACACAUGCAAUGAGUUACCGCCCUUCACUCAUUCCUCUGUCGAUAUAGGAAUAUUACAACAAAUCAUUGGAGUGUAACACCUGCUGUACGUCCAAGCUGUAAAUGUUGUCUGUACAGACUAGAGGGAUACAGUGGCUUGCGAAAGUAUUCACCCCCCUUGGCAUUUUUCCUAUUUUGUUGCCUUACAACCUGGAAUUAAAAUGGAUUUUUUAGUGGUUUGUUCUUUUGAUUUACACAACAUGCCUACCACUUUGAAGAUGCAAAAUAAAAUUUUUUUGUGAAACAAACAACAAAUAAGACAACAAAACAGAACACUUGAGCGUGCAUAACUAUUCACCCCCUCAAAGUAAAUACUUUAUAGAGCCACCUUUUGCAGCAAUUACAGCUGCAAGUAUCUUGGGGUAUGUCUCUAUAAGCUUGGCACAUCUAGCCACUGGGAUUUUUGCCCAUUCUUCAAGGCAAAACUGCUCCUGCUCCUUAAAGUUGGAUGGGUUCCGCUGGUGUACAGCAAUCUUAGUCAUACCACAGAUUCUCAAUUGGAUUGAGGUCUGGGCUUUGACUAGGCCAUUCUAAGACAUUUAAAUGUUUACCCUUAAACCACUCAAGUGUUGCUUUAGCAGUAUGCUUAGGGUCAUUGUCCUGCUGGAAGGUGAACCUCCGUCCCAGUCUCAAAUCUCUGGAAGACUGAAACAGGUUUCCCUUCAAGAAUUUCCAUGUAUUUAGCGCCAUCCAUCAUUCCUUCAAUUCUGACCAGUUUCCCAGUCCCUGCCGAUGGUGUUCUCGGGGUGAUGAGAGGUGUUGGGUUUGCGCCAGACAGCGUUUUCCUUGAUUGGCGAAAAGCUCAAUUUUUGUCUCAUCUGACCAGAGUACCUUCUUCCAUAUGUUUGGGGAGUCUCCCACAUGCCUUUUGGCGAACACCAAACGUGUUUGCUUAUUUCUUUCUUUAAGCAAUGGCUUUUUUCUGGUUACUCUUCCCUAAAGCCCAGCUCUGUGGAGUGUACGGCUUAAAGUGGUCCUAUGGACAGAUACUCCAAUCUCCGCUGUGGAGCUUUGCAGCUCCUUCAGGGUUAUCUUUGGUCUCUUUGUUGCCUCUGAUAAAUGCCCUCCUUGCCUGGUCCGUGAGUUUUGGUGGGCGGCCCGCUCUUGGCAGGUUUGUUGUGGUGCCAUAUUCUUUAAAAAAAAAUGUAUAAUGGAUUUAAUGGCGCUCCGUGGGAUGUUCAAAGUUUCAGAUAUUUUUUUAUAACCCAACCCUGAUCUGUACUUCUCCACAACUUUGUCCCUGACCUGUUUGGAGAGCUCCUUGGUCUUCGUGGUGCCGCUUGCUUGGUGGUGCCCCUUGCUUAGUGGUGUUGCAGACUCUGGGGCCUUUCAGAACAGGUGUAUAUAUACUGAGAUCAUGUGACACUUAGAUUGCACACAGGUGGACUUUAUUUAACUAAUUAUGUGACUUCUGAAGGUAAUUGGUUGCACCAGAUCUUAUUUAGGGGCUUCAUAGCAAAGGGGGUGAAUACAUAUGCACGCACCACUUUUCCGUUAUUUAUUGUUUCGAAUUCUUUGAAACAAGUUAUUUUUUUUCAUUUCACUUCACCAAUUUGGACUAUUUUGUGUAUAUCCAUUUCAUGAAAUCCAAAUAAAAAUCCAUUUCAAUUACAGGUUGUAAUGCAACAAAAUAGGAACAACGCCAAGGCGCUGUAGCUACCUGUUGCUGUGGUUGACACCCAUCCAUGUACACCCAUCCAUAGUCAUCAUACACAGGCAUGAACAGGAUAAUAUCCAUACAGUGUGUGUAAGCUAAGCACAUCCUCUGCUCAGUCAUCCAGCCCUCCAUCUAAUCCAUCUCCAUUCUCCCUGGGCUGGCUACUCCCUCCCUGCGCCCUCCCAGCACGUGGGCCUAUUUCUGUCUGACAGGUGAUUGUGUCACAGUGCGAGAGAGAGAGGGAGGGUGGGAGAGAGAAGGGAGGGAAAGGGGAGAGCUGUCAGACUGUAGGAUCCCCCCCCCCCCCCCCCCAGGCGAGACGGCUGAUGUCAGAGGGAGAGAGAAAGAGGGGGAGAGAGAGGGAGCACAGCUAAGACGGGGGGGGGGGGGGGGGUAGAGAUGUGAAAUAGCAGGGGAAUAUCCCUUCCCCCUGGAGAAGAUGAAUAGGGGAGGGAGGAGUGUGGUGUGGCUGUCUGGGAUAUAAACAAGUGACCUCCGUCUGACCUAGUUUCCCACAGACAGAUGGACCAGUGAGGCAGCAGUUUUUUUUUCUCUCUUUGUCUCUCUCUCCCUUGUUCUCGCUCUCUCCCUGCCUGAUUAUGGUAGGGUCAUGUGAGUUCACACGCUCAGAGAGAGAGUGCAAGGGAGAGAGAGAGGGCGAUGACGUGUGGCUGAAUCACUUCAUUGUUUACUUUUGAAACACCUCUCAUUUACAAACACAUUUAAGGCCAGCCAAUUCUCCCUCUCUGCCUCUAUCUCUCUCGCUGCCUCUCUCUCCCUCUCUCUCCCUCGCUGCCUCUCUCUCCCUCUCUGCCCUCUCUCUCCCUCUCUGCCCACCUCUCUUUCAGUGGGGAUUAUUACAGACAGGGUUUUUAAUUUCUUGAAUUGUUUCAAUAAUUUUUUUUAUGUCAGUUUUGAGGUUUCUUUUAGUCUGUUCUUGUAUUGUUAAUGAGAACAGUCAUUUUUAUAUAAGGAGAUGCCAGAAUGUAAAAUGCUGAAUUAAUUUUGUGCAUCCCAAAUGGCACCCUACUGUGGUCAAAAGUAGCUAACUAUAUAGGGAAUAGGGUGCCAUUUGGGAAGCUGGCGUUAUUGCUAGACUAAGCAGUCAUACAUAGCAGAGCCGGCUUGAGGAUCCAUCUAGCCUGAAUCAGAGAGUAACAUUGUUCUACCAGUACUGUAUUGUACAUGUAUCAUAUAUUUUCUUUAAGUUCUCCUAUUUGGUAAAAUGUUGUUCUUCUCUGACAUUGAGUUAGAAGCAUCUUUCUUUCCCAAAUGCCAUUUAUACACACAGAUUUAGAUACUUAUCUCUACCUCUAGAUUAGCGUCCUGUCCAGGGGGUGUCCUUGCACAACAAGCUACCUCGCGCUACAGAAACAGGAGAUAGGCUCCUGCCCUCUGGGCCGUUCUGGUUCGGACGAGGCUUACUUAGACAUACAUAUCUUUAUAUGCAGUAUGGCUGUGUCUUUUCCCUCUGUCUCUUGAGCUGUACCAGAACUGUAUUUUUGACCUUUUAACAAUUUUGAUUGCCGUUGCUAAUUUUCCCUCCAGCCAACUCCGGCUCCCUGCAGGGACCCCAUACCCCCCAGUCCACAGGCAGCAGCUCCAUGAGUGAGAUGCCAGAGGGUAUGAAGCGCCCCACCCCAGCCACCACACCCCACGGACACAUGACCCCACAGCCAGGCAACAGGUAGGGGCCAGGACCCCGGGGGUCACUCAUAGUGUGUUGUAGGGGUAUCUGUGUUUUUGUGUCUGUCUGUCUGUGUGUGUGACUUAGUCUUACUGUAUACACACAUGGAUACCCCUCCUCAACCCCUUCAUAUCAUCCUUUCUUGUCCUCCUCACCCCUCCUGUAUGUGUCUGUCUCAGGAACAGUGGUGGUAUCCGUGUCCAGGAUCCCUUCUCAGAGAUCAGUGACCCUGCCUUCCACAAGCGAGGGCCCAUGCCCCCUGGCGCCCCCUAUCAGCAGAGUGGAGGUAGUUCAGACCCCUCCAUGAGGAUGCAGUAUGACGCCAACAAAGACCUCUAUGGAGGGCCCCGGAAAGGUGAGUGGACCAGGCUAUCUUAAAACACGUAUCGUAACACAGUGCAUUCACAUAACACAGUGCACUCAUACACUGGUAUUAUCCCCAUUGCGUGUCUGCACUGUGUAUUAGAUGAAAAACGAGAUCUUUAGUAAAAAUUCAUAUAAUACACCUAUUGUCUGAAUUGGAUAUGGUCUGGUAAUUUUUAAAUUCUCCAUGUAUGUUUAAAUCUCUUUUCGUCCUUGUUUUUGGUUUGGCCAUCGGAUCAGACCUAAAACUCUCUGUAGGGGUGAUUGUUUCCUUAGACUAUGUUGCCACCCAGUGUUCAAAUCAUGUACUACACACCCUUGCCUUGGAUAACGCCUAACAUGAAUGCUGAUGAAAUCCGAACCAUUUACAUGUACCAGGAAUUUGACCUGGUGAAAGGGGGCUGACAACAAUAAGCAGAGUAUACAGACAGAAUAUAGACAAAAUAAUGUACAGAUACUCUACAUACAGUAUAUACAAUACCAUGUCUAUUCUACCUCCAGGGGGCAGUGAGCCCUAUGGACCAGGUCAGAUGCCCAGCGGUGCCGUGCAGGACAUGUACCCCCGUGGUCCUCCCUCAGGAGUCAUGCCAGGGAUGGGCAUGGGCCCCGGCCCCGGCCCGCGGCCACAGUACCCCUACGGGCCUGGCUACGACAGAAGGUGGGUAUUCUACUAACCAGAUAUUCCAUAGUAGAUGCAUUACUGGGUGUUAUCUGUAGGAAAAGGGGUGUUUCAUGCUCAAACAACUGGAGUAGAGGUGCUACCUUAAAAUCAAAUGCUAGAUCAAAGGUUGAGGCGCGGCACUUUCUACACUGCUCAAAAAAAUUAAGGGAACACUAAAAUAAUACAUCCUAGAUCUGAAUGAAUGAAAUAAUCUUAUUAAAUACUUUUUUCUUUACAUAGUUGAAUGUGCUGACAACAAAAUCACACAAAAAUUAUCAAUGGAAAUCAAAUUUAUCAACCCAUGGAGGUCUGGAUUUGGAGUCACCCUCAAAAUUAAAGUGGAAAACCACACUACAGGCUGAUCCAACUUUGAUGUAAUGUCCUUAAAACAAGUCAAAAUGAGGCUCAGCAGUGUGUGUGGCCUCCACGUGCCUGUAUGACCUCCCUACAACGCCUGGGCAUGCUCCUGAUGAGGUGGCGGAUGGUCUCCUGAGGGAUCUCCUCCCAGACCUGGACUAAAGCAUCCGCCAACUCCUGGACAGUCUGUGGUGCAACGUGACGUUGGUGGAUGGAGCGAGACAUGAUGUCCCAGAUGUGCUCAAUUGGAUUCAGGUCUGGGGAACGGGCGGUCCAUAGCAUCAAUGCCUUCCUCUUGCAGGAACUGCUGACACACUCCAGCCACAUGAGGUCUAGCAUUGUCUUGGCCAACCGCACCAGCAUAUGGUCUCACAAGGGGUCUGAGGAUCUCAUCUCGGUACCUAAUGGCAGUCAGGCUACCUCUGGCGAGCACAUGGAGGGCUGUGCGGCCCCCCAAAGAAAUGCCACCCCACACCAUGACUGACCCACCGCCAAACCGGUCAUGCUGGAGGAUGUUGCAGGCAGCAGAACGUUCUCCACGGCGUCUCCAGACUCUGUCACGUCUGUCACAUGUGCUCAGUGUGAACCUGCUUUCAUCUGUGAAGAGCACAGGGCGCCAGUGGCGAAUUUGCUAAUCUUGGUGUUCUCUGGCAAAUGCCAAACGUCCUGCACGGUGUUGGGCUGUAAGUACAACCCCCACCUGUGGACGUCGGGCCCUCAUACCACCCUCAUGGAGUCUGUUUCUGACCGUUUGAGCAGACACAUGCACAUUUGUGGCCUGCUGGAGGUCAUUUUGCAGGGCUCUGGCAGUGCUCCUCCUGCUCCUCCUUGCACAAAGGCGGAGGUAGCAGUCCUGCUGCUGGGUUGUUGCCCUCCUACGGCCUCCUCCACGUCUCCUGAUGUACUGGCCUGUCUCCUGGUAGUGCCUCCAUGCUCUGGACACUACGCUGACAGACACAGCAAACCUUCUUGCCACAGCUCUCAUUGAUGUGCCAUCCUGGAUGAGCUGCACUACCUGAGCCACUUGUGUGGGUUGUAGACUCCGUCUCAUGCUACCACUAGAGUGAAAGCACCGCCAGCAUUAAAAAGUGACCAAAACAUCAGCCAGGAAGCAUAGGAACUGAGAAGUGGUCUGUGGUCACCACCUGCAAAACCAGUCCUUUAUUGGGGGUGUCUUGCUAAUUGCCUAUAAUUUCCACCUGUUGUCUAUUCCAUUUGCACAACAGCAUGUGAAAUGUAUUGUCAAUCAGUGUUGCUUCCUAAGUGGACAGUUUGAUUUCACAGAAGUGUGAUUGACUUGGAGUUACAUUGUGUUUAAGUGUUCCCUUUAUUUUAUUGAGCAGUGUAUUAUAAAAAUAUAUUAUUCAUUGUAAAUCCCAAGUCCUAAACAUUGCACGAUGUUUCAGUCAGAGACAUUAAUCAGACAGUUAUAUAAAUGGCAAAAAUGUCCUCCUACCCUGCAGACCAGACCAUGUGAUGGGUUCGGAGGGGGGUAUGGCUCCCCCUGGGGGUCAGAACAACAUGGGACCUUCCAGCGGUGACCACAGCAUGUACUCUGCCAACAGAUACCCUCAUCAGAGGUAAGAUAUCUGUCUAGGCUAAUAGUGAUCAUCAGUUUAACAUUGUGCAGAAACAUGCCCUUGUUCCCAUCUAUCUGUGUUCUAACUGGUGUCAUCCUCCUCCACCACAGGCCACAUGGACAUGAGAGUUAUGGGCAGCAGCAAUACCCCCACGGCCCCAUGCCCUACGGAGCUCACCAGCCUGGAAUGUAUCCACAGCAACAGGUCAGUCCCAGCCUCCUGUUCCUGGAGGGCACUGUGCUAAAGCUACUGAAUCUAUUGGUAGUGACAUGGGAAAAUAACUUAGCCAUUUCAAUGCAAAGUAAAGUUUAAACUCAACUCGAUUUGUGAUAGCGGUCUACUAAGUAAUGGACAACACAUCAUGCAGAGGUGAAAGUAAGGCGGUACAGCCCGGUACGGCGUCCCGGCAAAAUAAAUAGUGGGGGUACGCCGUACCGGUAAAACAUGAGCAUAUCACAAUCAUUAAAACUAAAUGUCAAGAAAGCUGCAGGCUAUUACACCAUUAUUUAGAAUUACUGUGUGUCAGAGGCAUGAAAAAUGAGCGAAUGGACUUGAAAAGUGGUGGUAGGCCUAUAGCCUACUCUCCAAAAUGCCAUGUGGUUCGACGAGAACACUGACAUUUUGCCAAGGCCGAGAUGAGUGGUCGACACCGAGACGGACACAGACCACAGUGGAGGCAUUCUGGCCUAAUGACAAUCGGCAAAUGUCAUUACACUUUUUGGUGAUGUCUCUUUCCAUUCACCACUGUUUAGAGGCUGGAAAUAUGUUGCAAGUGGAUGAACGUGCGCGGGUAUAGCCUAGUAAAGGAGCCCCUUGAAGUGAUUGUUCGACAAUCAGAUGAAAACAUCAUGACUGGUUGUGUUUAGGCCACAAUAAAAGGUAAUACAUUUAGAAAGUUAAAUGACAAAUCUUUGACUAGGACCACAGAGAUGCUAUUGAAUUAAUAGGAUUCUAAAUAUUAUAUGAAGUUAUUGUUUUUUAACAGAAUGUGAGGUGUUAUGUGCUGUUGGAGGUGCGUCUUGGUCAGUUUAGCUGGGAAAAUGUUGCCCUCGUCAAACUGCCGAUCUAGGCGGCUGCCUGGCCUAAUGGGCGGGCCAGCACAUAACACCUCACAUUAUUCUGCCCAAAAACAAUAACUUCUCUCACCCAGUGCCAUGAGGGCUAUUUAGGUGAGCGCUGAUGCCGCCCCAUGAUAAGCAGUGGCCACUUUGCCAAAGGCAGGGGCGCAAAAUAUUUAGCUUGUCCGUGCACAGCGCGCCUCUCCUGGGUGCUGUUGGAGAGAUGCAGCUCUCCAACGCUCCAUCAAAUUAAUUUAACGUAAAUUAUGUAGCCUACGGUAGAAAGAGUAGUAGCCUAUUUUCUGUAGGCCAUAGACUGGACACCAAAUAUAUUACAAUGUCAUGAGACAGACACUUUUUAAAUAAUGAACUUAUUAAUGAGGAGAGGGAGUGCAUGAGAAAGUCAACUAAAAAGGCAAGCAGACAUCAUCUUUGGAGUGGCUGUGGCAUUAUCAAACAGAGGUGGACAGAAAAUGGUGCUGAAAGUAAUUCAUUUCAACAAUUGUCUUCAUUUUAAUUCGACUUCACUAAUAACGAGGGCUUUGUUGGAGCCUAUUUCUUCCUAUGAAUAAUAAGAGGUAGGCCUACUUGUUUGACAGAUGCAAUUAUGCAAUCCAUAGAUUUGUAGGUAUAGCCAAAUUCUCCAAUACUGUCACCAUGCAGUCCUUAAAUACCUCAGUGUCUGGGAAGGCCUUGGUGGGUUUGGUUAAAUCCAGGGCUCAAAUUGAGUGAGGGUAUGCCCUACCCUUUGUUUUAGGGAAGGGCUUCUGUUGUUGGGUUAAGCAAGGGACGAGUAGCCAGCAGCUGAAGCUUACAUCUUUCUGCGUCAGUAGAGCCUCUGUCUGGGUGGAAAGGUAACUUUUGAAAGUGCCAUGCUUAGAUUUAUAAGGAGGUCUAAGAUUUCAUUAUUUGCAAACAAAACACUGGUUUGACAUUGGAGAAAUAUGGUAAGAAUGCUUAUUUCUCUGUCCAUUCUUCCCUGAAACUUAUAUUUUCAUUAUCCAACUUUCUCUUGACUUUUUCAGAGUGACAUUUUCUCUUGAUUGCAAGCUGUUUUUCCCCAAUCAAUGCACAAAUAAAUAAAAUAAAAACUAAUUUAAUAGAGACAUUGGUGAUUUUAUCAGUGUAAUCAUAUUGAAAAUAUUAGGAUAUGUUAUUGACAUUGAACUGAUUUUAUAUAGCCUACUAACCAGAUGGGUUUGCCUAUAAAUAGGGAAUUGGGCUGCUAUUAUGUUCUGUUUUGCCAACUAUUAGCUGAGAAAAAAAUUGGCCCCUGCUGUACACUAUUCAAAUUAGUGGGCUCUGUGCAGGCCAGUCAAGUUCUUCCACACCGAUCUCGACAAACCCUUUCUGUAUGGACGUCGCUUUGUGCACGGGGGCAUUGUCAUGCUGAAAAGGGAAAGGGCCUUCCCAAAACUGUUGCCACAAAGUUGGAAGCCAGAAUCGACUAGAAUGUCAUUGUAUGCUGUAGCGUUAAGAUUUCCCUUCACUGGAACUAAGGAGCCUGAACCAUGAAAAACAGCCCCAGACCAUUAUUCUUCCUCCACCAAACUUUACAGUUGGCACUAUGCAUUCGGGCAGGUAGCGUUCUCCUGGCAUCCGCCAAACCCAAAUUCGUCCGUCGGACUGCCAGAUGGUGAAGUGGGAUUCUUCACUCCAGAGAACGCGUUUCCACUGCUCCAGAGUCCAAUGGCGGUGAGCUUUACACCACUCUAGCCGACGCUUGGCAUUGCAUAUGGUGAUCUUAGGCUUGUCUGCUGCUGCUCGGCCAUGGAAAUCAAUUUCAUGAAGCUCCCAAUUAACAGUUCUUGUGCUGACGUUGCUUCUAGAGGCAGUUUGGAACUCGGUAGUUAGUGUUGCAACCGAGGACAGACGAUUUUUACGUGCUUCAGCACUCGGCGGUCCCGUUCUGUGAGUUUGUGUGGCCUACCACUUCGCGGCUGAGCCGUUGUUGCUCCUAGACGUUUCCACUUCACAAUAACCGCACUUACAGUUGAUCAGGGCAGCUCUAGCAGGGCAGAAUUUUGACAAACUGACUUGUUAGAAAGGUGGCAUCCUAUGACGGUGCCACGUUGAAAGUCACUGAGCUCUUCAGUAAGGCCAUUCUACUGCCAAUGUUUGUCUAUGGAGAUUGCAUGACUGUCUGCUCUAUUUUAUACAUCUUUCAGCAAAUAGCCGAAUCCACUAAUUUGAAGGGGUGUCCACAUACUUUUGUGUGUAUGUAUGUACACUACCAGUCAAAAGUUUGGACACACUUACUCAUUCAAGGGUUUUUCUUUAUUUUUACUGUUUGUUACAUUGUAGAAUAAAAGUGAAGACAUCAAAACUAUGAAAUAACACAUAUGGAAUCAUGUAGUAACAAAGAAAGUGUUAAACAAAUCAAGAUAUAUUUCAUAUUUGAGAUUCUUCAAAUAGCCACCCUUUGCCUUGAUGACAGCUUUGCACACUCUUGGCAUUCUCUCAACCAGCUUCAUGUUGUAGUCACCUGGAAUGCAUUUCAAUUAACAGGUGUGCCUUCUUAAAAGUUAAUUUGUGGAAUUUAUUUCCUUAAUGCGUUUGAGCCAAUCAGUUGUGUUGUGACAAGAUAAGGGGGCUAUACAGAAGAUGGCACUAUUUGGUAAAAUACCAAGUCCAUAUUAUGGCAAGAAAGCUCAAAAUAAGCAAAGAGAAACGACAAUCUAUCUGAGAGAGUGAGGUACACCUGCAAAUGAUAAAAUAUCAUUUUUGCAAUGCACUGACUACAGUAUCUAACAUAUAAUGUUCUGUAUUCCCUCUCAGGGCUAUAAGAGGUCAGUAGGACCAGAGGUUAUGUAUGGUCCCCCUGCUAAGCGCCAUGAGGGUGAGGCCUACGGCAUGCAGCAGUACGGAGGACAGCAGCCAGGCAUGUACAGCCAGUACGGAGGAAGUUACAUGGGGCCAGAGCGCAGGCCCAUGCAGGGCCAGUACCCUUACCCCUAUAGCCGAGACCGCAUGGGGGCCACCCAGGGGCCCCCGCAACACGGCAUGAUGAGCGGAGGGCCCCCCUCCUCCGGAGCCUCUGCAGAGGGCCCCCAGGUCAACAUGUGGCACCCCAGGACAGACAUGGGCUACACCGGGCUGUACCGUGGCCAACUGGGCCAGGGGCCCCCUUACCCUGGUAUGGGCCGGGGCCCGGGGGAUGACCCAGAGGGAAGGAGCUCCCCAGAUGGGCAGUGGCCCACCGGACCCCCAGGCCAGCGCCAGCCCCCGUAUCCACCCCACUCCUCCUCGGCCUCCUCCUCCAUGCCCCCAAUGGCAUCCAGACAGCCCCCCUCCUCCUACCAGUCCAACCCCACCCUGGCCAACCACAUCUCUAGAGCCCCCAGCCCCUCGCCCUUCCCCCGGCACAUGGGGGGAUCCGGACCCCUGUCCCCCAACAACGGGGGCCACUACAUGGCCUCUCUGAAGAAGGCAGGGAUGCCCGGAUCCAUGCCAGGCUCACACGGCGGAGGGAUGCCAGGGCAGGGCAUUCUACCUCUCCACAGAGAUAUCAGCUUCCCCCUGGGGUCAGUGGAGGCCACCCUGCCCAAACUCAAGGCCCGACGUAGACUUACCUCCAAGGAGACCGGUAGGAGAAUGAACUUGUUAUUAUAGAGAAUGAAGCAUACUAACUCAAUUCAUAAUGGCUGCAUCCCAAAUGGCACCUGAUUCCCUUUAUGAUGCGCUAGUUUUCACCAGAGCCUUAUGGGCCGUGGUCAAAAGUAUUGCACUAUAUAGGGCAGAGUUGGGCAAAAAUCCAUAUCCCGAUAAAUAGAACCAUACAUUUAUAACAAUCUGCACCACAUUUUUUUUCAUCCUUUAAACUACUACUACUAGUUUUGACAGUUGUAGCCGUCAAUUGUCCCAUUAACAAUCACCCAUAUUAGCAAAGUUAAUUCAUGAAUACUUGACAUUUCUCUAGUAUAGGCUACUUAUCAUAAUGAACGAUAUCAGCAAAAUGCCUGUGAUAAGUGAUCGCUGUCUUAGUUUUAUCGUCCCAGCUCUAAUAUAGGUCGCUCCCCUCCGACCUCUGUACUGUAACCUCUGACCCCCAGGAACCCCGGAGGCGUGGCGCGUGAUGAUGUCCCUGAAGUCAGGUCUGCUGGCGGAAAGCACGUGGGCCCUGGACACCAUCAACAUCCUGCUGUACGACGACAACACUGUGUCCUCCUUCACCCUGUCACAGGUGAGACAUAUCCAUACAAUGUCCAAUGAUAUCCAUUAUCCAUGAGUCUGGACUAAACCAAUGAUGUUCCCUCCGAUAUCUAUACUAUACCUUACUAUACCAUGUCGAAUACAUGCCUACAACAUGGCUUCAUUCUAAGGGGUGUGCAAGUGUAGAUAUUGGACAACCUGUACCCCCGUACAUUGACUCGGUACCGGUACCCCCUGUAUGUAGCCUCGUUAUUGUUAUUUUGUUACUUUUGUUUAUUUAUUUUUACUUUAGUUUGUUUAGUAAAUAUUUUCUGAACUCUAUUUCUUGAACUGCAUUGUUGGUUAAGGGCUGUAAGUAAGCAUUUCACGGUAAGGUCUACACCUGUUGUAUUCGGCGCAUGUGACAAAUAAGAUUUGAUUUGAUUUGACCAUGACUGGAUUCAAGGACAAAUGACCAAGCUAUUGUCUAUGGUCUUUCACACAAUAAUUUCAGAAAGCACCCAACUGAUAUGAUAUUCUAUGUUUUUCCCUGUGUUUUCCCAGUUGCCUGGCUUCCUGGAGCUGAUAGUGGAUUACUUCCGCCGGUGCCUGAUCGAGAUCUUUGGGAUCCUGGAUGAGUAUGAGGUGGGCACAGAGGAACAGAGGACGCUGCUUGGACCAAUCGCAGACCCCGCAGACCAGGAGGAGGAGCCUGCCAUUCCAGAGCUCGGCAGCCAAUUAUGCGAAGAGCAGAGGGAUAGCAGGCCAGAAGAGGCAGGGACAGAGAAGCCCACAGCCAACGGCAGCACAGAGGAGACGGUCCCAGAGGAGAAGACGGAGGAGCCUGUCGAGGUGACUGUGAAAGAGGAGAAGGUAGAGGGGGAAGAAACUGAGAUGGGGGCAACCACGGAGCAGUCUGAGCCUCCCCAGCCCGAGGUGCCCCCAGAGCCCAGGCCCAAACAGGCCAGUAAGUACGACAAGCUGCCUGUGAAGGUGGAGGAGAAGAGUGCGGAGGAGGACCAUGUGGAGGAGCGCCAGGGACUCAGCCUGCCCAGGGGCUUCACCUCCGGCCUGCUGCACUGGAAGGCUGGAGGGGGGGACUCCACGGCCCACAUCCAGACACACUUCGAGAGACGCAGCGAAGAGACAGACAGAAAGCAUACAGAGGAGAGUGUAGGGGAGCAGCAGCAGGAGGAGAGGAAGGUGGAAGAGGGGGCCGUGACUGAGACGGCCACUGUGGAUGAUAUGCUGAGUGCCCGACCAGGUUCUCGGUCUCUGUCAGAGAGGAACGAUCUUACUGGGACCUUCUCCAUUGGAAUAGGGGCGCAGACCCAAAGCCCCAUCUUCACCCUGCUGGAGGACGAGCCUCGCUGCUGGGACGAGGCGCCCCUCUCUACGGCCGAACCCUGGCAGGACGACCUGGCCCGCCGCUGUGUCUGCGUCUCCAACAUCGUCCGCGGCCUCUCCUUCAUCCCAGGGAACGACAACGACAUGUCCCGCCACCCGGGCCUAGUGCUGAUCCUGGGGCGGCUGGUCCUGUUGCAUCAUCUGCACCCCCAGAGGAGGAGGACGCCCCCCAGCUACCAGAGAGAGGAGGAGCAGGGCCGGGCCUGCAGCAAGGACGAGUGGUGGUGGGACUGUUUGUCAGCACUCAGGGAGAACACUCUUGUCACCUUAGCUAACAUCUCAGGUCAACUAGACCUGUCCCUCUACCCAGAGAGCAUCUGUCUGCCCAUCCUGGACGGCCUGCUCCACUGGAUGGUGUGCCCCUCUGCCGAGGCCCAGGACCCCUUCACCACGGCGGGCUGCUCCUCCUCCCUUACCCCCCAGAGAUUGGUGCUGGAGUGCCUGUGCAAGCUGAGCAUCCAAGACAACAAUGUGGACCUCCUGCUGGCCACGCCGCCUUUUAGUCGUCAGGAGAAGCUUUACGCCACCCUGGUGCGCCACGUGGGCGAGCGGAAGUCCCAGGUGUGCCGGGAGAUGGCGGUGGCUGUACUCUCUAACCUGGCGCAGGGGGACCCGACGGCGGCGCGUGCCAUCGCUCUGCAGAAGGGCAGCGUGGGAACACUCAUCGGCUUCCUGGAGGACUGCGUGGCCAUGGCCCAGCACCAGCAGGGACCCCACAACCUGCUACACCCAGCACCAAUACCCCACCCCGAACCCCCCAGUGUUAACAUGAUGUGCAGGGCCGCCAAGGCUCUGCUGGCUAUGGCUAAGGUGAAGGAGAACCGGCCAGAGUUUGUGCUCUACGAGAGCAGGCUACUGGAUAGCUCUCUGUCCUCUGUGCUGAGCUCGGCCGUGGCGGCCAUCAUGUGUGAAGUACUGUUUAAGAUUGGACGCUCCUCGUGA